AUGGCUAACGUGCAGGAUGGCAUUUGGAUGGUGAUACUGGUCACAGGUCUGGGGAUGAUAUACUUCGGAACAGUGUCCACAGAGGAUUCCCAGUGCCAGCGGGUGGAGCAUCCUGUUGUUACAAGUGAAGGUAAGUGAUUGAGAAGGCGAUUUCCAAAUAAAGAAGAAGAGAAGAAGAAGAGUUCGGACUUGAUACCCCACAUUUCACACCCCUUCAGGAGUCUCAAAGCAGCUAACAUUCUCCUUUCCCUUCCUCCCCCACAACAAACACUCUGUGAGGUGAGUGGGGCUGAGAGACUUCAGAGAAGUAUGACAAGCCCAAGGUCACCCAGCAGCUGCAGGUGGAGGUGCAGGUGGGGAAGCAAACCCAGUUCACCAGAUUACGAGUCCACCGCUCUUAACCACUACACCACGUUGGCAAAGAAUAGCAAAAUUGGCACUGAUUUGUUGUUCUUUGGCUAGUUUCCUUAUAGACCUCUGUCUGUAUUAAGAAAAUCUGAGAUUGCAACAGAUUGGUUGGAAAUCUCUGCUCAUAAUUGACCUGCAUUUUAAUUUUCACUCCUUUGAAUCAGUGGGCUAGUUCAUAAAUGCUCACCAAGGGGGGGCGGGCAACGACUGCUGUGAGUCCACAAAAUGUUUGGCGCACUAUUUCCCCAAGAACAGUCAUUAUCUCUCAAGCCAGCAUUGUUAAAAGGCUGCUAUUGUUUUGUCCGGGGCAGUAGCCCAAGCCAGCAAAUGGGCUUCUAGCCAAAGGGAGACCUAUCCCAAGCACAGAGUCCAGGGACUCUAGAUCACAUACUGCUAGCAUCCUUUCCAAACCCAAGAAGCAGAGCCAUGUCAAGCAUGGGUUAGGUUCCGGUGAGGCAAGGUCAAACCCAGCAGAGGGUAAGUUCAGAUGAACAAGGUCAGGCAAAACUGACGUCCUCUUCGGGCUCCAGGGAGGGUCUCCUCACGAACCACAAGAACUCUCCAUUUCUCUCUCACCAUUUCCGGGUUUGAAUUGAAUGAUUUCAUUAUUUCCUGGUGUAUUGCGUGUGUGUGUGCGCGCGCGCGCGUGCGUGUGCGCGUGCCUGUGCCUGUAUCUGUAUCUGAUUCCAAGACCUCCAUCUCCUGUGGAGCUAUAGCCAAUUUUGACUUUAGUAUAUAUGUGAAACUAGGACUCUUUGCUUCAGUAAGCGUCACUUUUCAUUCCCUUACGUUGAAUCUUACCUGUCGUUCUGCAGCCCUCUUGCUCAGUUGGGUGGAAAGGGGGCACCUAUGGAAUGAGCAAUGAAGGCAAAAGACCAAAUGCCAGCAGGUUUUGACAGCCAAGCACCAGAGCUUUGCUGCACCAGGAGAGAAAGCUCUAUCUGUUUGUCCUGAAGCUGCUUCUCCCCAAAGAUAUUGCAAGAAAAGUUAUGCAAAUACAUAUUCAUAGGCCAAGCUACAGCCUGUUUUUACUCCACAAAGAAGGAGAGUCAACAGAGAGUGGAAAUUUUGGAGUACUACAUCUGAAUAUGUAUUCAUAUUCAUAAUGCUAUAAAAAGGAAGCACUACUAUUACAUUUUCAAAAUUACUGUGUUCAAUUAUGAUAGUUCUAUUUAAGUUUAGCAGUAGCCAAAAAUCACUGACGUUCUGUUAGGCCAAGAAAAUGACACACACUCAUAGCAUUUCACACCUUUAUGAACCUAACUGCAUUUUCUUCCUGAACCUCUUUGCUGGUGUGGUCAGGAAAGACCCAAGACCAUUUGAAAUUUAGGAGGAAGCGGAAGAUGAUAGACUUGUAUGUGAGAAACUAGCAAGCUUUCAUUUGAGAUGUCAAAGGACUUUUUUUUUAAAGGGAUUGCAUAUGGGAACAGCACUUUUACUUUGUGACAUCAGCAGCCAUUACUCUGAUCCUCACCCCCCCCCCCCCCGUUUAACACCUAUUUGCAUGCCUAGCAACCAGCCCACUUCAUGCUGGGGCAGACUGCCAUACUUAGCAGACUUAGAAGCCAAAUGUUGAGGUUUAAGGCAGGGCUAUGAAAGCAAGAAACAGCACAACUGCUUUCUGGAAAUGCAACUAAGUGAUAGUGCCAGAGGAACAUGGGGAAGCAGACAGAGAUCUGAUCCUAAGGGACAGAGAGUAGGAUGAGGCAGGGGCUCAGGGAAGCAAAAAUAGGGCAAAACCAAGGGAGAAUAAUGCUGGCAUUCAUCAGCCCACUCAGCUACUGCUCCUCAUGACAACCAUAUUGCUUUUUGCAUUCCCACCAUUUGCAGGGAGCUGAAAAUAAUUCCAUAACCUCUUUUAAAUCCUGGUGAAAGGGAGCUAGAGAAAGAACAUUGCAUAAACUUAAAGGUGGUGUUUACUUGUGGUUGUAAGCUGCUUUCAGGUGUGAGGCCUUAUUCUUCGUACUUGAGACUCCUUGUUCUUCUUUCUGAUCGAUUCUGAUCAGACGUAUGACUGCUUAAUGACCAGACUUAAAGAUGUCUUUGUGGGUUUUGCUGCUAAUCAGCCUCCUUUUCUCCACAGGGACUGUCAUAAUUGCCAGUGUUCUUUCAGGGUACCAGCAGUGAACAUAUUGGCAAUUUGAGCAGCUACGAAAGUUAGCAAUGGUGCUACAGACGGGAGAAGGGGCAUACUAGAAUGUAUGAAUGAGGGGAGUAACCAGCACAGAUGCUGUUAAAAGUAAACAGUGAUUACUCAGUGGGAUGAUAGGAAGUCAGCAGGGCGAACAAAUAAAUAAUGCCCCAAUUUCUUCUUGCAGUAUUUUUUUUUUUUUUGCGUAACUAGCAUACACCCCAAGGAAUUAAACCACAACAAUCUGAUGCAAGUAACUGCUAAACACAGCUGAGUUCCCUUGCUUGCUGCAACUGUAAUGACAAUCUGCUGAAAUAGAUUCAUUUACUUACUUGGCAAUUAUAGUUGCUGAAAUCAGCUCUGUAAAAUUCAGUGGAGGGCACAGACCAGGCAAGGGUUAAAAAAGGGUUUGUGGAAGAACAAUGGAGCCGCUGAUUGUGCCAUCUGAAAUUCAGCACAAGAACAAUAUUUUCUGAAGGGCAGGUUCUGGCUAGGAUCUGGAGAACCGCAAGGCUGCCUCCGCAUGCACCAGGACCUGUUUUGGCUCUUCCUCCCUACAGCAUCUUCCCAUAUCUUUCUCCCAAAGCUACUCUUUGGACCAGAACAACCUCCGGUGCAGCUUCCAACACAGGAUCAGGGGCUGUGACCAGAAUCAUAAAAGAAUGAUUUCCCAUUUAGUCACCUCGAAUUUAUAAUUUGAAGUCUUCAUUCAGAGUUUGAUAUCAUUCCAUCAUCUCCCUUUAAACCGGACAGGCUACAGUCUUGUGCACACUUACCUUGAGGAAGCCCUAUUACACUCCUCUUUGAGCUGUAAAUCAACUUGCAUUAUCCUAGUUUGCAGAAACAGAAGGCCUUUUGGGGGAAAAGAUUCUCUCAGGCCUCCGAUCCUUAUGAAGUCCACAACAAAUGGGCUGAUUGCAGUCUGUCAUAAAUGAAGAUUAAUUGAAUGAGCAUCUCCGGCAACAGAAGGCAGAACAAAUGUAGCAAAACUUUUACAAGCCUCCUGGAAUUGCCCUGGUGACAUAUGGAAAGGGAGAGUAGUUUGAAAUGCGGUUGUGUGUGUCUUGUUUCAUUGCCCAUUUGAAACAGAAUUUUUGAUUGAGCACAUAGACUUAACGAAGAUGAUAAAUUAGACUCUUCAUGUUGUAGUUGCAGAACAUUCUGUUAUAUUGGAAGGGGGUUUGCAUAUCCUCCGAGUGCCAAGCAUUAGCUUUCCACUUCACUUCAGUUUCUUGGCGUUACAGAACAUCCACGCUCAAUUUCCAGCUUUAUUUUAAAAACAACCAAAAAACACAAUAACAACAAUAACAGAUAAAGCAGGAGUGGAAUAUAAAUGGAUGCCACAAGAAAAUUAGAGGGGGAAACAGCAGAUUGAGAAGAUUGCGUCCACAUACUCUUCAAGUACCACAUGCCUCAAAGAUUGCUUAGAAGCUUCAGCUGGGGCAGAGCAUCACCAGCUCAUCUCCUCGGGGGGGGGGGUGUCUUAACUAUUUUGUCAAUGCACUGAAUAAAUGCAUCCUGCAGAGCACAGUUCAAGGUUCUGCUCAUGACUGCCUCACCCAUUGUGAUCUCUUGCAGCUUUGAGCAUCUUUGGCAGAAACCUCGUUCUCAUUUGCUUUUUCUUCAUUUUUAAUCUCUGCGUUUCCCUCAACUGCAUUUUUUUUCUUUCACUCUUUCCCCCCUCCAUCAAUCCUUUCCUCUUUCUUGUAUCCCCCCCCCACAUUAAUUCUCAUCUCCUUUCCCAGCCCUUCUUCUUCCAUGUAAUUUUCUCCCCCUGUCUGCUGACUAUUUUAUGCAUAAAGUUUCCUUCCUUCCUUCCUUCCUUCCUUCCUUCCUUCCUUCCUUUCUUUUUUAAAAAUAUAUUUGUUUUUAGUUUCAUGAAAGACAGAAAAAAACAGCAGGCCCAGCAAAGAAACAAAAACAAAACAGAAAAACCUAGGAAUGUAGCUGAGUGCAGGAAGGUAGCAAUGAUGUCUACCACACUCUUGACUCAUCUCUUCUUGUUUCUUCUUCAUCAUCUUCAUGUGUCUCAUCUUCUUGCCUCCCUUAUCACCCCCACCACUUACCUUCCAUUGAUGUCUCCUCCUCUUUCCUUUCUUAAAAGUAAUGGUCAGCUCAUUCCUUGUUCUCUUGAGGCAUUCCAGGGACUGGCCACUGUGUGAAGCGGAGAAUGGGCAGGAUGUGCCUGGUCAGAUCUAGCAGGGCUCUUCCUAUGUUCUGAAUCCUAUUGAUUUUUUGGUGUCAGUUGACCCUGCUGCUCUCCUCUUAUAUUUUAACCUUUUCUCUUUUUGUCUGUUUGGGUGCCUUUUAACUGUAAGCAAUCUCCAAUAUUCCCUGUUUUCACUGAUCCUUUCAUUCUUGCUAUCUUCCCCUCUCUUUCAUCUAAAUUUAUUGAAUGUCUUGACUGGUCACAGUCUUCAGCUGCAACUUCUGUUUCAUCUCUACUAGUGUUGUUUUUAUUGUUUACACCCCUCCAAAACCUGCUCACUGUAAUUUUACAAACCAUGUCCUCUUGCUAAAUGUCCCCCCCUUGCUAAGGGGGUUUUGUCUGUUCUUAUUCUCUCCUCUGAUUGUUACAUGGUUGGCCUUUCCAUUUAAAAAAUGAAAACCCAGUUCCUUGCAUUCUCAUUGAAUUGCCUAAAGGGUGUAUGAGAACCAUGACUAAGGUUACCAGAUUUUUUUCCAGUGAAUCCGGGGACACUUUUCAACUUCAGUUGGAAUACAAAACACAUAAUAAGAAGGACAAAAGCAAAUAUUGCCUUGGGCAACUGAAGGAAAGCAGGAACACCAAUCUGUGUUAACUCUGGACUGUAUUGCAUUUACAUGAACGCAAAUGGCUUCUUCUUCGUUAACAUUAUAAAAAUGUAAUAUUUCUCCUCUAUUGCUUGGCCUUCCUCGGGGCCCCUGCCUGCUCUCUCGGGUUGGGUCUGGGCUUGGUCACGUGCCCUUGCCCUCCCAGUGCUCUCUCCUACCUCUCCUCCUCAGCAGCGGCGGUGGCGCGGCAAGGUCAGGGCUCCCCUCUUCUUUCUCCUUCCUCUUUCUCUCUCUUCCUCCUCCUCCUCCUUUCCCCCUUCUCCCUGCGUCGGCUCCAUGGUUUUCCUGGCCCCUUGAUUUGGGUUGCGGGGGGGGGGCGGUUAGUGGCUCUCCAAGUUGAUGCACCCGGCGUCCCCAGUUCCCGCUUGGCAGUGGCAGCAGCAGCGGUAGCACAGUUGACUCUGGCUGGCUUCUGGAGCUGCUUGCUGCCGUGGCGCCCGCCAUUUUGCCUUGCCAGAAGUCCCCAUAUGAUGUGUCUUGUGCCGUUGAACCAAUCACGCAACAUUCAUUCCCUACUAAUAAAUCUGCAACACUUAAAAUAUAAAUCCAGGGACAUUAAAUGAAAUCCGGGGAUGGAUUUUGUCUGGGGACAGAUUUGUAAAUCUGGGAACUGUCCCGGGACAUGGGGAGGUCUGAUAACCUUAACACCAUAUUUUCACAAUGCAUGUGCACCUACAUGAACCAUAAAUCCACCCUAAACCAUACAGUUGACAACCAUAGCUUGAAGUUGCUUUUCCAGGUAGCUAUAUAAGGGGACCAGGUUCAUGCAAAACCAGGAAACGUGUGAAUCUUGAAACCACCUCCAGUUCUUCUGAGGAGAAAUGGACAGAAAGAAGCACAUGAGUCUGUGCCUGGAAACCUCUCAGUCAAAGGACUGCCUUAGGCUAGCACUAUCCUAAAGAAACAGCAGCUUACAAGGCUGUUGUAAGGAUUCAUGAAAUAAGAUAGGCAAAGUUCCUUGAUAGCAUUGAAAAAUCUAUGUAAAUGCUAAAUAUUUUUAAUGCUAAUAAUCUGAUUUUAUGUAUUUAUCAAAUUUAUGUUUGUAUAGAGAUUGCUCCUUGGUUACAUGUAUUCAGAGCAGAAAAUGCUGUCGACUUCUCUCAGAUAACAUUUGAUCCAAGACAAAAAGAACUUGUUGUUGGAGCAAGGUGAGACAAUGCUUUUUAAAAAUUCUCUCUUAUCAGAUGGCUAAUUUUUCUUGUUUGAAUGCAUAUUUGAUUAAAAUGCAUCAUUUAUAUCCAUGUAACAUGUGAACAAGAGAUGCGGGUGGCGCUGUGGGUAAAACCUCAGCGCCUGGGACUUGCCGAUCGUAUGGUCGGCGGUUCGAAUCCCCGCGGCGGGGUGAGCUCCCGUCGUUCGGUCCCAGCUCCUGCCCACCUAGCAGUUCGAAAGCACUCUUAAGUGCAAGUAGAUAAAUAGGUACCACUUUAUAGUGGGAAGGUAAACGGCGUUUCCGUGUGCUGCGCUGGUGCAGGCUCGCCAGAGCAGCUUUGUCACGCUGGCCACGUGACCUGGAAGUGUCUUUGGACAGCGCUGGCCCCGGCCUCUUAAGUGAGAUGGGCGCGCAAGCCCAGAGUCGGUCACGACUGGCCCGUACGGGCAGGGGUACCUUUACUUUUACCUUAACAUGUGAACAAGCUAUGGACUUCAAAAUUAGCUGUGAUACUUGGUAACCACUUUUUUAAGAAAACUAGAUUCUGCAAUCCUUGCAGUGUUUAGGACUUGAAGCUCAGUGAUGCAGCCAAGAGAAUCAUAUUAUACAGUUCUGGUUAGACUGUUACAGUAAGGAAGGGAGUGGCUGAAUUAGCAUUUGAUUUGUGGGUGUUUCUCCCUUUCAUGCAAAUUGUGAAGCUGACUCACAACAGGUUAAAGCACUGUCUGUUACUGCUCUUUGUAUUUCUGUCAAGAGUGGAUUUUUUUAGCAGUAGAGUGCAUCUUGACACUCUGCUAUGAGCCUAGAAUUUACUAGUUUCAAAUCAGCCCAACGAACAAAUCUUGCAAACAGUUAAGAGUCAAACAUGCUUAAACUUGCCCAGCAAUAUCUUAAUUUGGGAUACAACUGUUGUGGCCCUAAGCAUGCAAUAUUUUUGCCCUUUUUAUUAUCCUGCUUUUGAUUCCAGCUAUCUACAGAUGUUGACUGUCCUGGGUUUCUGGGGUCAGACUGAGCUAUAAUAAUACUGCUUUAAGGAAGUGGCUUAGAUGAUGACUGGUGGUUUGUUUUAUUAGUUGCCCAAAAAAUUGAAACAGCGAACCCCCAAAGUGUUGUUUUUGUUUUGAUGAAGCAAUGCAACUUAAAUAAAACAUGUCAUGUCACCACCUGCAGUGUGCAUGGAUGAAAGUUCUUUCUUACGUUUGUUAAAAUUCAGUUCUGAUCAAAUUGGUGAACAUUGCUCCUUAGCCCAGUCCUGCCUUUCAAUGCCAGUUCAUUUGAGCUUCCUACCCAUAGCUGUCAACAUUUCCCUUUUUUAAAGGGAAAUUCCCUUAUUCCGAAUAGGAUUCCUCGCAAGAAAAGGGAAAAGUUGACAGCUAUGCUCCUACCAGCCCCUCUAGAAGGAAGUAGGAAGAGAAUGUUAGCAGGCUGCUGAAAAGCUCUCACUUGGAACUCCUGGAAUGUGCCAUGAACCUGCUUGCUGAUUUUUCCGCCUGCUCCGCCCUGAUACUCCAUGAAUCCUCCCCAGCUUGUACUCUCCUGGUUUGCCUUUGAUAUAGCUCUACCACCCAUGCCCUGGCUGUAAAAACAACCAAAAGAGAUCUGUGGAGGUGGUGGUGGUUUGGUUCUGCAGAGAAGAAAAAUAUGGUUUUUCAGAUCUGGGCUGAAGCAGGUUGCUUUGGUUUUUUGUUUCUAAAUCCUUACGGCUUCAAACAAUGGAACAGCUGCUCAUCAAAAGGUGAAGGAAUUUUUUAGGUUAUUGCAAUGCCUCUUAAAAAUAAUUUAUGAAUUCAAAUUUGGUUUCAUAGGUACUGAGAUAGCAAUAGUUCCUCUCAUUAAUCAUUGCCACAGUUGUUCAAGAUGAUGGCCAAACCUGAAUUUGAAUAGUUUUCAAAGUCAGAAAAAACCUCCCUAACUCCUAUUACAGAUUUUAUAAAGACCACCUUCUGAUAUUCAUGUUAAUUAAUGAAACUAACAGAUUAUCUUGGGCUGUUACCCAGCAACCACCUAACAAAAAUAAUGGUUAGCCAGCAGCCACAACAGUACAUUUAUUUUUAUGAUGUUUCAUUAAAGUUUGUAACCAAGAGCGAGUGAGAGUUGGAAAUGGGAGAUCCAAAGUGCCACUGGAAUAUGGAUGCCUGUAUAAGAAGGUCUUCAUGGCUGCAUUAGAGAUGUCCUGUCUUUACACAUUGCAGAUUUGAUGCUGUCAGAGGAAAUGUGUGUGUGUGAGAGAGAUAGGAGUUUUAAUAAUGGAGAUCACAGUAGUGAGGGUGAAAAUUUCAAAGAAGUUUUUGACAAUGAGCUACUGUAGGAAAGGAAGGUCGUUACUUCCUGGCUGGCUCUUCAUUUUUCUCAAAUAGAAAACAGCAGAUGCUCUGCUGCUACAGGAAGGCAAUCUGAGAGAGGCUGUCCAACUGAAAAAAACCUUCAGCCUUGCAAUUCCUAAAACGGGGUUUCCAUUCUGCAUAAAUUAGGGAUAAGCAGCUGAAGGCCCAUAGGCCAAACUGCCCUUCUCUGAGGACUAUUAUCUGGCCAACUCAGAAGCAAGAUAUGUAGGGUUGAGCCGAUAGUCACUGACAGUCCACUUUGGAGAGAGGAAGGUGCUCCAACAACUUUCAUCCCAUCUUUAUCAAGCUUCUCCUGCAAAUCUAGUUGCUGACUAAAGGAAUAUUUUAUUUUUGUGCUUGCUGCAGGAAAGUCUACAGAAAUAUUCAUGUAAAAUGUAUGAAAAGAUGAGCUCCUGUAGAUUAAGAAAGAAAAGAAGGAAGGUCCUUAAAGGACCUUUGCAGUAUUCAACCAAAUAAUUGCACAGAGAGACUUCUGCUUGUGCAAUGGGACUUCCCCUUCCCUUCCCCUUCUCUCCCUGCACCCCCCACUGUCCCCAAAACUGCUCCUGAAGGGGAAGAUGUAGGGGAGGAGAGUCACAUUGUACAAGCCUAGGUCAUUCCUACUUAGUGCUAUUUGAAUCCAACCCUGGGCUCUGGGACUUCCUCUCUGUCUAUGCUCCACAUGUCAAGAGUCUAUAGAGUUAAAUAUUUGAUAUAUAACUGACACACAGAUAUUUGUAUAUCCUCCUCCUAGUCACUCAAAAUGCCAGUGGGAGUAAACUUUAGAGAAACUAAGAAAGAAAAUGUAGAUCUCAUAUCCUAAGUUGCUUAAGGUAAGAUACCUACAGUAAAAUUAUCAAACAUCUCUGCUUUCGACAACCUUCAGUGUACACUUAGAAACGCCUAACAAUACAAACAAGUUUUGAAACGUUUUAUUUCUCUGUCAGAGUAUUUCUAAAUUGACAACUCAUUGAAAAAUACCAUGGCAGUGUACAAUAAAAUCAUGAAACAUCAUAAAACUAUAAGAUAAUGAAAUACAGAACAAGUGGCCAACACUUCUUUGCAGAAUAGAAACGUUUUCAGCAGGCAGUAGAUUUCCAAAAUUGCAGGGGCUUGUUUGAUUUCAAUAGGAAAUCUUCCAAACUCCUGGUUCUGCUAAGCUAAACACAAUGUGUGGUUAACAGAUACAUUAUAUAGGUUUACUCCUUAUUGAAGAGCUAGGGGCGGCUGCAGCUAUUUGUCAAGUGCACUGUCAGUGGCAAAUCCAGGUUUACUGUGACAAAGGCUUUUAAGCUUCUAAAUCAAGAAUAUCCAAGAACCAUGGUCUCCUGGUUCACCUGCAUAACUGAUGCCAUUUCUCCUUUCCCUCUUUUAGAAACUACCUCUUCAGGCUACAUAGUGAGGAUCUUUCUCUCAUCCAGGUAAGCAGUUAACUUUUACCCCCCCCUUUUAAAAAAGAAGCAAAACAAAUGGACAUUAAAACGUUUUCAGUGAAGAUGUGAAAAAGCUUCAGGAUGUCAAAUGGUGCAAUUGACUUUUGUUUUGUUUCCCCCUUCUUUUGUCCCCUUUAAAGCAUUUUUAUUGAAUUUUAUCCGCACAGUUGGCUUCUCUUGUAUAUUUUAUUUCUCACUAUACAGUAUUUUAAAAUAAAUCUCAGAACAGCUUUUUGGGACAAGUUGUGUAGGCUUAUUUUAAUACAUCUUUCUUCUAGCAAUUAGCAUUUCAGGGACUAUGAGCAUGUGGUUCUGCUGCCUUCUGUCCUUGAUACCUAGUUUUCUAUGCAGAGGGUUUUCUCUCUCUCUCUGGUACGGAAGGGCAUUUCAUCAAGUGAAUUCCCACCUGCAGUCUGAAGUGGGUACAACCUACAGUGAUCUAUAUACAAAUGUAUCUACCAUGACUUGUACAUGCACAAUAUGGUUGCUACUGCUGAUGGUUUGUAUUUACAUUUCUUAUAGAUAGAUAAGGUUUAAUUAUGUCUUAGCUCCAUAUGUUAUGCAGCCAGGUAAGGUGUGUGUGUGUGUGUGUGUGUGUGUGUGUGUGUGUGCAACUCUUUGAGGAGCCCAGCGCACCUGUAUUGCGUGCCUCCCCCCCUCCCCAUGUUAGGCUCAACUUAGCACCUCUGCCACACAUUAUUUGACAGAAAACCUGGGCUGGCAACCAAGUAUGUCAGAGAGAACUAUAGCCAAUCCUGGCUCUUUGCUAAUACGCCCUUGUGUUUAAUACUUUCCCAAACAUGUUCCUCUUAACCUAAAAAGGUCAUGUGUGAAUUAUCUUCAAAAUCUAACAUAUAAAUUGGCUCUUAAUUUGUGAAGCCAUGACGUGGAUGGCAUUCAACUCUUUGCUUGUGGGGAACAGAAAUUCCCCAUAAGCUAAGCAUAAUCAUGGAAACUAAUUGUGCGUAUGAUCCCUACCUGAGUCUGCAUUUUGUAUUUUGUAUUCCUAUUGCACAGAGGGUUUCAGCUAUUACUGAAUUGCCUUUAUAGUCCAUCUUGUAAAGAUGCCUUUAAAAAACAUGCAAAACACCUGCUUGCCUUGGCAGCCAAAGGCCUUUAUAUUAGAAGCCACCCCCGCUACAAGAGGAACUUGGUCUGUCUGCCUACUCAGGGCCAUUUUCACUGUGCGCUUGGGGCACAAUGUGUCCAAAUUAACCACCUACAAUUUUUUUUAGAAAGGGGGAGAAGGAGGCACACGGUCAUGCACUAUAGCCGUGCAGGUGUUUUACUCCCUGCAUUAAUGAGGUUAAUGGUGAGUGAAGUUGAAAUACUAGCAUAUAUGGGGUAUUUAUUGAGGGCGGCUUCACCCUUUGCCAGGCAAAAAUUUUUGUUGUGUGGUUACCAGUGCUUCCCAUAGAUACUUGCCUAGGAGAGAGACGAGUGAAAUUAAUGGGUAUUACUGGAGAUUAGGCAUGUACAGGACUGAGUUAUAAAUCUAUGGGUAAUAUUCAUGCAUGUCCACAUGUCUUUUAAAUGUGUGCACAGGUAAGAACAAAUGCAGCUAUGUGCUACUUACCAAGGACUGAAGUUCAAAGAGGUUGGAAUUAUAAUUGUAAUAAACAGAAAUGUAGAAACUAAAAUUCAUAGGAUUUUUGGCCUGACAGUUAUUUAUCUGCUGUAAUGCCAGGUUCCCUGCAAGACUGCUUGCAUAGCACAACACAUUAUAUAUUUCACUAACCUUUCUCUACAGCCAUCCAUAUAGAUUCUUCAGCUAUUGAUAUCAUACACACUCUGGCUUUUAUUUUAAAGCAUGCACCACUAUCCUUUCAGUUCUGCCUCAGUUUGAUUACAGAAUUUGUCUGACAGAAGACCACAGUACAUGUUACCAGUUCGACAGCAUUAUUCCAAAAAUCCUGCCAAGCAUUGCUAAAGGGUACGGCUGGAAAUAAAUGCCAAAUUUGUUUGAGCGCAUUUUGACACAGCUUGAAGAAUUUUCUCAUAAUUGCUUCUCAAUAGUGUUUUGAAUAAUGCUCAUUGCAUCUCUUAAGAUGCCCUCAGCUGCCAUGUGUUGGUACCAUAACCGUUUGAAAAAGUAACUUUAAAUGCAGGCUGCUCAGAGGAGCUGGGAGGGAUGCUGGCUUCUGGGGGGGCUGCUCCAUGAAAAUAUGUGCAGUACUGUUUUUUGUGUGUGUUUUUUUAAAGACAACCACCAUGUGAAUUAUUAUGAGGAAUGAGAAAGAGGAAGGACCAUUGCUGGCUGGCAGAGCAUAUGCACUGCACACAAAAGUUCUAGUAAUGGCAUAUCCAGGCAGAACUCGGAAUGUCCUACAGAGUCAGGUCAGGGGUUCUCAACAUGGUGCCCUCCAGCCCCAGCCAUCAUGACUAAUGAUCGGGGAUAAUGGGAGUUGUAGUCCAAAAUACCUGCAGGCUGCCAUGUUGCCUGUCCUGGUCUCAGUCAUCUUGACUACGUCUUAGACAGGAGAGCUGCUACCUCAAGAGCAUCCUGAAGUCAUAUAAAAGCUGGUUGGCUGGCCGGAGCCACCUGCAUUUGCUCUACCCCUUCAGGAGAAUGGUUUGUUCUUUUAAAGGGCCAUCGCCCUAUUCUGUAAAAGCUGCCUCCUGCAGGCUGGAGGAAGUGAGGGGUGUCCUCAGCUGACAACCCUCCAACAUUUCUGUGACGAAAAUAGAGGCGUCCAUAACAACAACAGCAACUUUACUAUUUAUAUCCCACCCAUCUGACUGGGUUGCCCUAGCCACUCACAGUGGCUUCCAACAUAUAUAAAAACAUAAUAAAACAUUAAACAUUAAAAAACUUCCAGACAUUAAAAAACUUCCCUUCAGAUGGCUCGGGGGUCAGAUAACUCCAUACCCUCCAACAUUACUCCAAUGAAAAUAGGGAUGUUCUAAGGAAAAGGGGGACAUUCCGGGAUCAAAUCAGAAACCGGGACAGUUUCUGUAAAUCCAGAACUGUCCCUGUAAACGAGGGACACUUGGAGGAUCUGAUGGAGUCUGACAAUAGUGCAUCCUCUGGCCUGGGUAGUCUGGGAGGACUCCUCAGGCAGUGGCUUCUCUCCCUCUGAGAUUACCAUGCAGCUAGAGAACGUCGCAGGUUCUCUGAACGUGGGCUGUGAUAUUUUCCUUUCUUCCUCAUGAGCUGUUGCGACAGAGAAAGCAGCACUUCUUCCAGGUCUUAGGGAGAGUAUUUUGGAACUGGUAAAAAGAACUUGCUCAUGCCACCCUAUUUUGCAAAGUCUCACCAGUCUCAAGUGCAUACAGUGGUGCCUCGCAAGAUGAAAUUAAUCCGUUCUGCGAGUGUCUUCGUCUAGCGGUCUUUUCGUCUUGCGAAGCAACCCUAUUAGCGGCUUAGCGGAUUAGCGCUAUUAGCGGUUUAGCGGCUAUUAAAGGCUUAUCGGCUUAGUGGAUUAGCUGCUAAAAGGCUAUUAAAGUCUUAGCAGCUUAGAAAAGGGGGGGGGGAGCGGAAAAAAAUCUCAAGACUCGCAAGACAUUUUCGUCUUGCGAAGCAAGCCCAUAGGGAAAUUUGUCCUGCGAAGCAACUCAAAAACGGAAAACCCUUUCGUCUAGCGGGUUUUCCGUCUUGCGAGGCAUUCGUCUUGCGGGGCACCACUGUAACUCCUUUUGGGGGUCUGGCUAGAUGUGACAAGUCGCCACUAGCUAAAUGGGUUGCAUACAGUGGUGACCGUCUGCUGACAGAAGACACUUUGAUCCAGCAGAAGCUUUAGCAGAACCAGGAAGGAGGAGAUUUUCUCCAGUUUGUCCUCACUGCAGCCCCCAUCUAUUCCUGAAUGGGGGACCCUUCAGAACAGCACAUAAGAUUCAGAGGGAAGGGGGACUUGCAGAGGAGAGAACCAAUUGACAAAACUCACCUCAGUCUCCUUUCCACUGAGUAAAACCUCCACUGGAUUGAAGAAUCUUCUGUCCCCAUGAGAGACACAGGAGGCAGCAGAAUGGCUUUAAAUGGAGGAUGAAGCUGUUACUGCUGUUAACCACUACUGCUAAAUUAAACCUCGGCUUGGCCAUAACCCUUGUGCUCUGCUUGUGGUUCCUCUUCAUCCUGGAGAAGAGUGACUAGUGGGAUGCCACAGGGUUCUGUCUUGGGCCCGGUCUUAUUCAACAUCUUUAUCAACGACUUGGAUGAUGGACUCAAGGGCAUCCUGAUCAAAUUUGCAGAUGACACCAAACUGGGAGGGGUGGCUAACACCCCAGAGGACAGGAUCAUACUUCAAAACGACCUUGACAGAUUAGAGAACUGGGCCAAAACAAACAAGAUGAAUUUUAACAGGGAAAAAUGUAAAGUAUUGCACUUGGGCAAAAAAAAUGAGAGGCACAAAUACAAGAUGGGUGACACCUGGCUUGAGAGCAGUACAUGUGAAAAGGAUCUAGGAGUCUUGGUUGACCACAAACUUGACAUGAGCCAACAGUGUGACGCGGCAGCUAAAAAGCCAAUGCAAUUCUGGGCUGCAUCAAUAGGAGUAUAGCAUCUAGAUCAAGGGAAGUAAUAGUGCCACUGUAUUCUGCUCUGGUCAGACCUCACCUGGAGUACUGUGUCCAGUUCUGGGCACCACAGUUUAAGGAGGUCACUGACAAACUGGACCGUGUCCAGAGGAGGGCAACCAAAAUGGUCAAAGGCCUGGAAAAGAUGCCUUAUGAGGAACGGCUAAGGGAGCUGGGCAUGUUUAGCCUGGAGAAGAGGAGGUUAAGGGGUGAUAUGAUAGGCAUGUUCAAAUAUAUAAAAGGAUGUCACAUAGAGGAGGGAGAAAGGUUGUUUUCUGCUGCUCCAGAGAAGCGGACACGGAGCAAUGGAUCCAAACUACAAGAAAGAAGAUUCCACCUAAACAUUAGGAAGAACUUCCUGACAGUAAGAGCUGUUCGACAGUGGAAUUUGCUGCCAAGGAGUGUGGUGGAGUCUCCUUCUUUGGAGGUCUUUAAGCAGAGGCUUGACAACCAUAUGUCAGGAGUGCUCUGAUGGUGUUUCCUGCUUGGCAGGGGGUUGGACUCGAUGGCCCUUGUGGUCUCUUCCAACUCUAUGAUUCUAUGAUUCUAAGUUUCAAGAGCUGUCUUGUCUUGCAGUUGUUGGAGAAAUGACUGGAGUUGAUCUAGCAAGGCAGUUCUCAUGUUCACAUGUGUUCCUUCCAGGGCCGUCUUAAGCAUAUCCGGCGCCAUGGUGCAUAGCUCCCUCCAGCGCCCACUCCCCCCUCCCCGUUUAGGGAGAAUGGCUCUGCCGGUGGGGCUGGAGGUGGCAGGCAGCGGCUGGAGGGCGGCACCAGGGUUCUGGAGGGUGCCAGGGAAGAGGCUGGACAUGGUGCCUCCCGGCUCAACUGGCUGCUUUGUGCUGUGGUGGCCACGGCAGAAGGAGGCGCCGGGUGCGGCACUGCUUCGGCGGUGAGCUGAUGCCGGGAGGCGCCGCGUCCAGCCUCCGCCUCUUCCCUGGUGCCCUCCAGAACGUGGCGCCCUGGUGCCCCGCGCCACUAGCCUCUGUGGGUAAAACGCCCCUGGUUCCUUCAGUAAGCAAUAAACUCCGUUCCCUGACUAUGAGUCAGUAGCUACAACAACUAACACAUCUUGGGACGAUGCACAGUGAUGCUAUUCCAUUGUUGCAUGGGUACGGUCAAUCUGUGUCUGUCAGAGGUUGGCAGAGGCUCUCUGCCAAGGACCUUCUGCCCCUGAUGCUUCUCCUCCUUUGGCUGUCAUUGCCCAUGUGCUCACCAAACCCAGGCCUGGAGGGGGGAGCAAGUGAGUAGCAAUGGCAGCGAGGGAGAAGCUGCUUCCCCACUGCCUCUCUCUCCCUGAUCAGCUAGCAAACUCCUGGGGUGGAGGAUGACGGUUUUUGCCAGAGCCCCCCUUCACCAGCCCUGCAAACCUGAAGCCUGCACUGAUUACUGUCAUUUUGUUCUGUCAAAUUAUAUUCUUGGUUGCAUUGCACCUUUGAAAAACAUGGUGUUUGAAUACAUGGCAUAAGAUGUGAAGGCAAACAGAUAACAAUAGUAAAAACGCAACUAAAUGGAAUUAUGAAAUUAUGUAGCUGUUUUCUGAGGCGGUGUAAUCCAACCACCUUUGGAAAUAAUAUAUUUUGCCAGUGUCUAAUUACCAGAGCCAUCUGCCUAAGGCAUGCUCUGCCAUCUGUCUGGAAUUUUGUUUUGUUCUUUUCUGUUUGUUUUCUGUUUUUAGUUUAUAGAAGUUCAUAGAGUCACAGGAUUGUGGAGUUGGAAGGGGCUCAAAAGAGAUGUAUUUCUGUUGGUAUGAAGUGGUUGCGAUGGUAGAUGCUGUUGCUGUAUCUGUCUGGUGUGUGUCAUAAUGGGUGUAACAGCGCAAUACUUCAUUCAUACACAAACUCCUCCUUCUUCUUCCUCCAAAGCUCCUAUGGGCUUGGCUGUCUUUACCCAGGGUGCAAGGGGUGCGGGGCACCCGGGCGCUGAAUUCUGGGGGACGCCCACCGCUGAAGCCGCCUAAGCUCUUAACUAUCUACCUGUUAUGAAGUAAUAAAUAAUUUUGAUUAAGCUAGAAAAACAAAAUACAUAUAUACCUAAGUAUUACUGAAAUGUAUACGUACUGUUUCACCAAAAGACUUUCGUCUUUCUGCGGUCAUUUACCAAAGACACGCCGUGCCAGCGGCAGCGCUUGUCAUUCACAACAGUGGGGCUUGUCAGACUCAACGGCGCUAUGCGCACGAAAUUAACUCUUACAUUAAAAUAUUGUGUUACGUAUUGUAUUGAGGUGCUAUGCGGCAGCGGGGUCAGCGGCACCUUUGACAUGACUGAUGUUUCUCCUAAGUAGGUGCCUAAACAAUACUUAUAAGUUUAAGUGUGGUGGUGUUGUAUACUUCGGUAUAAGUGUAUUGUAAAUAUUAAAUAAAAAUAAAUAAAUAAAUAGCCUCCACUUGCUGGACUCCACCCACUGAACUGCCUUCAGUUAUAUUCUUCCAUUCAUCCAGUUACCUUUUUCUUUCCUUCCUUCGUUUCUCCUCUGUCUAAACUGAGAUUGUAAGCUCCUUGGGGCAGAGAUCUGCUUCUGUCUCCCCCCCCCUCCUUUUCUUUAUGUUACUCUGUAAAAUGUGUAUUUUUCUGGUGGUAAAAAAACCAAAAAACAAAGAAACGAACCAGGCUUGCUGUUAACUGAAUUUGGUGCUUAGAGCAGGCAGGGGUUUGGGGAAAAGCAGGAGACAGAAGGCAAGAGUGUAUACUAGAGCUGGACCAAACUUUUCAUGUUGAAAUCUGGCAUUUCACUGAAUUGGGAAGCAGGUUAAGCAGGAAAAAGCCGAUCUAUCUGAUUUCUAGUCCUAACCAUGUGGAACAGUGAAGAUCAGAAGUCCUGAAACAGAACAGGGCACGGUUGUCAACUUUUCAACCAGCCCUGGUUCCUGUGUCUUUUAAAAGUGUUUGAUCUUCAGCAAUUAGCAGGUGAACAUUUUCAUAGCACGGAGAUACAUGCUAUCACCUGCUAAUUGCUGCAGAUCAAAGCAAAGACAAAGGCCAGUUGAAGACUGUAACAAACCUCAAGAGCUGUCUCUGGGGUCUGCCUCCCACACACAUGUUUUUCGCUGCUUGAGUGCAAGAAGCUCUGGCAACCAAUCGGAAGCCGCGCCUCGGUUGUCAAACGUUUCAGAAAUUGAAAGGUCUUCCGGAACAGAUUACAUUUGACAACCAAGGUUUGACUGUACAGUGGUACCUCGGGUUAAGAACUUAAUUCGUUCCGGUAGUCCAUUCUUAACCUGAAACUGUUCUUAACCUGAAGCACCACUUUAGCUAAUGGGGCCUCCUGCUGCUGCUGCUGCGCCGCCGGAGCAUGAUUUCUGUUCUCAUCCUGAAGCAAAGUUCUUAACCCGAGGUAGUAUUUCUGGGUUAGCGGAGUCUGUAACCUGAAGCGUCUGGAACCUGAAGCGUCUGUAACAUGAGGUACCACUGUAUAAAUAAUCCAGUAAUCAUAAUCAAGAAAAUAAAAGAACCAGAAUUAAAUAAUUGUUUAAAUCUGGUUAUUUGUAUGCUUGCCCUGAAUUAAGAAUUUGUUGCCUUUUUUUUUUUUUUUGGAUCAAGUUGUAACCAGUUUUAGGGACGCGGGUGGCACUGUGGGUUAAACCACAGAGCCUAGGACUUGCCGAUCAGAAGGUCAGUGGUUCGAAUCCCCGCGACAGGGUGAGCUCCCGUUGCUCGGUCCCUGCUCCUGCCAACCUAGCAGUUUGAAAGCAAGUCAAAGUGCAAGUAGACAAAUAGGAACCGCUCCGGCGGGAAGGUAAACAGCGUUUCCGUGUGCUGCUCUGCUUUGCCAGAAGCGGCUUAGUCAUGCUGGCCACAUGACCCGGAAGCUAUACGCCGGCUCCCUCGGCCAGUAAAGCGAGAUGAGCGCCCCAACCCCAGAGUCGGUCACAACUGGACCUAAUGGUCAGGGGUCCCUUUACCUUAUAAACAGUUUUAUUGCAAAAAGACCCUGUACACAUUUAUAUCAAUUCUAGUACCUUACAAUUUUAGCUACCCAACAAGUUAUUAACAUACAGAAACAUGCAUGAAAAGCAAGAAAGAUCACCCAUCCCGUCUGCAUAUUAGCAACUUGUCACUGUUGAGCAACAAAGCUCACAUCACUGCGUUUUUAUGUGAACAGUCACUUUUAGCAUUCAUCCUGGGUGAAAGAUGGAAUGAUUUAAGUACAAAUGUAACAUAUUAUAAACAAUUUCAUACAAAAAAAGGUCACAAAUUGAAACCAAAGUAUUUUACAGAAUUUACUACAAAACACCAUAAAAACUUCCUCCUCUUAAGCCCUCUCCCCCCAUAUCCUACGAGCCAGUUGGAUGUCUUUGGGCAUGAUGGUGACUCUCUUGGCAUGGAUGGCACACAGGUUCGUGUCUUCAAAGAGACCCACCAGAUUUGCUUCACUAGCCUCUUGCAGAGCACCAAUGGCUGCACUCUGGAACCUCAAGUCUGUCUUGAAGUCUUGAGCCAUCUCCCUUACCAGCCUCUGGAACGGAAGCUUGCGCAUCAAAAGUUCCGUGGACUUUUGGUAACGACGAAUCUCUCGCAGCGCCACAGUACCAGGCCUGUAGCAAUGAGGUUUCUUGACUCCACCAGUAGAGGGAGCGCUUUUCCAAGCAGCUUUGGUAGCCAGCUGUUUACGUGGAGCUUUGCCACCAGUGGACGUACGGGCAGUCUGCUUGGCAUAGCUGUCAACUUACAGAUUUGAAAAUAAGGGAUCAGCAGCCAAACUAAGGGAUCAACAAUUACUUUGAUAAAAUACAUAUUUUGUUGCGUGCAAAUGGCUUUAGAUACCCAUUAGGUCCAUAAAUUACCAUAUAGCAUAUAUUCAACACAAAAAAAACAGCAACAAUUUGUUGUUGACAAAGCACAGCUGGACAUAGAAAGGGCCCCAUUACCUUCAGUAGCUUAUUUAAGGGACAUCAUCAAUAAGGGACAGCAGCAGGACAUGGCGCUGGGAUAAGGGACUGUCCCGCCAAAUAAGGGACACUUGACAGCUAUGCUGCUUGGUAUGCUUGGCCAUUUCCCUUCACUUUUUUACACUUUCAGGAACGGAGCCUUUAAAAACAAUUCCGCUCCUAUCAGCCGCAAGGUACACGUCCUACUCCUUCCCCGACGAACCCGCAACCGUGAAGUUGUUGACUUUUAUCUGAAAGUCUGCUUUUAAUAUGCUUCCAGAAUUUGCUGUUCCCCUCCCUGAUUCAAGGAGACUUUUUUAAAAUGAUGCGCUGACAUUUCAGGGCGAGCCCUCUCCAAACCACAGGAAACACUUUCCCCGACUUACAAUGAAGCACAUCAAUGAGUUUCUUUCAGAUGCAGUGAUAAAUCAGGACCAAUUCCUUCUGAAAUGUGGAAUAUUAUGGGGCAGUUUCUCCAACACAUGGGACAAUCACAGCUUGAUUACUUUGCAUGCGAGUCAAUGUGAACAAGGUUGCUUGACAGUAGAAAGUUUGGAAAAUCACAUUAUCUUUGAGCUAUUAUCCCUGCUGUUAAAUACUCCCCGCCCCCCGCCUAUUAUUUCACAGCAAACUAAGUACAGGUUCCAAGAAAAGCUGCUUGCAUGAUGCUAUGUGCCAAGUGUUGAUUCUUGGCUUUGGGAAUUUAUUUAAACAAGAAUCAAGAAGUCACAGCUCUAGUUUCUGUGCCAAUUGUAGGGUUGCUGAAGUCAGGUAGAGGCAAUUGCACUAGCCAAGUCAAGUGAAAACUUGCAAAGGUUCUACAGAUUUCCAGCCCAUGCCUGGAAAGGAGAAGCAUCUUGUGGGUCUCCCUCCCUCUUCCAGUCUGUCUCAGCUGACGGCUGUGUCUCCAUGGAAACUGGUCCCUCAGCAGACAAAGAAUUGAUGACUUCAACUCUUCCUUCAACUCUCCCCUUUGUCAAGCAGUACAGUGGUAUAUCAGUCCCACAUAGGGAUUUAGUAUAAUUUGGAUUAUUAGUAUAAUAAUCUUUAGUAUAAUUUGGAAGUUCUAAUCAUAUAGAAUGAUACAUUAAGAAUGCAUUAUUGAUAAAUAAUUAAUAAUAUACUAAUUUUAUGUACUUUUAAUAUCUGACUGAAUAGUGUAAGGUUUUUUAGAGAGGAAAAUGAAACCCUGAAAAUAAAUAUAUAAAUAUAAAUAUAAUAUUUAUAUCCUCCAGGCAACACAUACUAUCUUCUCCCUAUCUUAUCCUCACAACCCAGUGAAGUGGGGUGAGUGUUGCUGGCUGCUCCAAAGGUACUCAGUGAGCUUCAUGGUUCAGGAGAGAGAGAAUUGAACACCGUUCUCCUCAGUCCUCGUUUGGUGCUCUAACUAUGACAUCACACUGGUUAGGUUCACAUAAACACUGACUUGGUUGCAAGGAAUGCAGAGAAUGAAUGUUCAAAGGUUGUCCAUAGAACAGGGAGGUAAAUGGCCUACUCUGUGACUUCAACAGCAGUACUGCAGAAAUCAAUAUACUGCACAGGCAAAGAUACAAAGAUUUGCAGGCAUCAGCUGAUCAGAGGCUCCUGCAAAUUCUGCUUUCAACAGGGAGCCUUACCUUAUAUGAUGUCAGAUGUAGAGCAGGGGGACGUGGUUUGGGGGAAAUGACCCGUUGGAGGUUUCCCAGCAAUGCCCUAUAUAACCUAAAUUGCGGUCAUCUCCCUGGCUUUCAAGGUACUGCUUUUUUCCACCUGGGUCUUUAAAAUGUCUUUGAUUUUAAUGUGCGUCUUUAUCCAUCCUGCAUUCUCAUGUUUUGUUUUAAUCCCUUAUGGUGUUUAUUUGUUAUUUAUAGUAUUUCAUGGUUUUUAGUAUGCUGUCCUGUCUUGAAAUCAUUUGGUGAAUGGCAGCAUACAGAUUUUUUAAAUAAACACGUAAACAUUUUGGCCAUUCUAAAUAAUAAAAAACAUGUUUAUUUCUUAAUGUGCUUGUUCAGCACAUUAAGGGUUUUGAUGUUGAAACAAGACCCUGAACCCCACACCCACCCCAGCCACACCUCAUACAUGAACAAGGGAAACAGGUGAACAAAUGUGGCUACGUGUGGCCCUGAAUUAAUUUCUCCAUAGUUAUAUUUUGGUCUUUCGUCAUCCUGUGCGUGAAUGAAUUUACUUGCUUCACGCCUUGCCUCUUGCGUGCAGAAGAAGCACACCAUUAUUGCUAAGCCAAAAGCAAACUGCAAGUUACCAUCAUCUGGAGCCAAACAACCCACGACUUCUGGUUCAGAAGCAGUGCUGAGCCAGGGCUUGCGGUUUGCUUGCUCCCAGUGCUAGUGUGGAGAAGCGAAACAGUCAUGAUUCACUCGUGCCCAGCAAGCCAUGAUUUAUGGUUUACCGUGAUGCCCAAAUACAGCCAUUAUAUUUUCUCUCCCAUGCAAUUUUAAAUCAUUGUUGUUUAUUUCAGUGGAAACACACGAUCUCUAAGCUUGCUCCUGGGCAUUUUGCUUGUUGUUUUCUGCAUCUAAUCUUUAUUUCUUUCUGUGUGCUAGGGAGUGGAGUGGUCUUGUGAUGAAGCUACUACAAAGGCUUGUUACAGUAAAGGCAAAUCAAAGGUGAGUAGCUCCUUCUUAAAUAAUUUCCUAGAUCCGAGUGAGAAAGUUCAUCUGUCCACUUGUGCCUAUACAUGUUUACUUGAAAAUGUUCACAGGAUUGCAGACUCAUUCAAGCAAGGUUCUAAUCAAGUUAGCAUCUGUACAUAGUGAAGGAACAAGACCACACUGCUCAGUGUGUGCAUCUUUCCUGCCUAAAGACCUGUUGGGAUCUGCUUACUGGAUUGCACAUUUGUGCAGUGUCCUAUGUGAGUUAACUCCAGUUUGGACCCAGACACACAGACCUCAUGCAGAUAUUGCAUCCAGUGCAUGGACACUUGGCAGGCUUAGGCACUGGAGGGUUCGCCUUUGUGCAUGCAUGCUUAAAGUCCCACUCAAGAGUCUUUGUACUGUGGUUGCUCUCACACCACAGCAGAACAGUUGGAGCUAUAUUAUUAUGGGAACCUGCUAGUGUAUACCAUGUUGGGUGCAUGUUUUUGAGUUACAGUGAACUCCUUAGGCUUUGUUCUUUGGUCCUGGGACAAAGUCGGUAACCAGACUGAAUUUCACUCAGCCUUGUCUGCAGACUUUCUGGGGUGCUGGAAGCACCUGAAUGGUACAGCAAAUAGACCUUUAUUGUUGUUUCCAAAUUCAGUCCUUUGAGGGGGGUAGAGUGAUAAAAGCAGGAAGCAUAUCUUUGCAGUUAUAACAACCAAUCAUAAUGCAGUCUUACUUCUGGAAAAAGUCAGGCUGGAGGUUUAAAAAUCUGCAGAUGCAAUUUUAAAACACUAGGACUAUGAAAAUAGAAACAAGCCUUACCAGAUUUGUUUCCUGCUUGCAUGACAACAUAUAGUACAGACACCAGAGAUUAUUUGGCGUUUACAAAUCUUAUAAAAUCCAUAAUUCCCCUUGAGAUAGUACUUCAAGGUAGAAAUCUGAAUACUCUUUGUUCUGCAUACCCCAAAGCUAUGGGCUGAAUGCAUUCUGUGACUGCAGUUGGUCUGUUUCAUGCCACAUAUAAUGGUAGCUGCAUAUAUAGACCACAAAGGGUUGCCUUGGCAUUGCCCACAACGCACACAGUUCUUGUAUGGACAAGCUGACCUCCACAAAAAUGUCCAGCUGCACAAUUAUGAGCACAGUCACAGCCAAGGCACCCUUGAAUCAUACUUUUGAAAGAGGCAGAAAAACUUGGAGAUUGAUUGAUUCCUUUGACCAACUCUACGAAUGUUUGACAGUUUCUGCAUCGCCAGGUGUGGAUGGUGCAAUGCCUGCUCCAAGGAGUGUCUGUUCCUCUGAAAUUACCCCCACAUAUCAAUAACUGAGUUUGCCACAAUACUCCCUUUCUCCCUCCCCAUCUCUCCCUCUUUCACGGGGAAGGGUGGGCUUCAUACAGCUUCCUUUAUGAACCUGAGAUAGUAUGGCCCCAAAGAGUUAUACGGUGGUGCCCUGCAAGACGAAUGCCUCGCAAGACGAAAAACUCGCUAGACGAAAGGUUUUUGCGUUUUUUGAGUCGUUCCGCAAGACGAAUUUCCCUAUGGGCUUGCUUCGCAAGACGAAACGUCUUGCGAGUUCUUGCGAGUUUGUUUCCUUUUACUUUAAGCCGCUAAGCCGUUAACAGCCGCUAAGCCGCUAAUAGCCGUGCUUCGCAUGAUGAAAAAACCGCAAGACGAAGAGACUCGCGGAACGGAUUAAUUUCGUCUUGCGAGGCACCACUGUACCAAAUCCAAAAUGCCUGGAAGAGUUACAGGGUGCAAAAUGUGAGCGCAUUUAACGAAAGGAAUCGUAGAAUUAGAGAGGACCAUUGUGACAUUUUAGUAUUAGAAAAUUCAAUGUGCAAUACAGCAAAGAAUGGAGUACUGCAUUGUUUGUUGGAGGUUGGAGGAAAAAAGAGCCUGAAUUACUUGCAUUUUUAGUGGCCCUUGCCACAGUUGAGUCAACUGCUACAACAAAGCAUAGAGAAAGUGAUGCAGCAGAGCUUCUCAAAAGGAUCAAUGGGUUUCUUGUAAUUAGGAAUUGAUUGUAAAUAUACCGUAUUUUUCGCUCUAUAACACGCACCUGACCAUAACACGCACGUAGUUUUUAGAGGAGGAAAACAAGAAAAUAAUAUUCUAAACGAAACAGUGGAUGUAUGUUUUUUGUGGUUCAUGCUGUGGCCACAGACAUGUGAUCUGACGGUGAGUUUGGGGUGACCCAGUGCAAAAAUCCUGAGGAUCCAUGUGGAUCCGUGCUUUGUAACCACGUUUUAAGUGGGGAGGGAAGGAAAAGCACUCAAGGGACAAGGAGCACGCAUGGGGGGUGUGGAGAAGGAUGCUGCUAAUAAUGCAGGAGAGGCUCCUCUCCGGCUUUGCUCCUUUAAAACAAGCAGGCUUUGCGUCUCUCCCUCCUCCCCGGCAAGGAAACCACGAUAGUAACCACUCUGAGACAAAUCAAGAAAAAUUGCGACCAACACUCUCCCCCAACAAGCGCAGUGAGGUCAGAACACACACACACACAGAGAACUGGCCCUAAAGUCGCAGGGCGCUGGAAGUCGCAGGGGCGCUGGGGGAGUGAACGGGAAGCAAGAGAAGGAGAAGGAGCCCUCACACACACACACACACACACACACACAGACACACAGAAUAUCAAUCCUAAAGUCGCAGGGCGCUGGGAGAGUGAAGGGGAAGCAGGAGGAGGAGACCGAUAGCUCAAGCACACACACACACAGCCCCUACAGUGGCUAAUCCAAAAUCGGACAGCAAAAAACUGCAGGCAGGGACAGAGAGCAGGGGUUGUUUUAAAGCAGCCAACUCCCGCUCUGCUUCUCUCCCUCCUCCCCGGCUCCGCUAGCUGACAGGAGCCGCUUACACCCGCUUUGCUGUUUCAAAGCGAGCCACGGACUGCUCACGACUGCAGCAGAUUCCCCCGCCAUCUGUAGGCAUUCGCUCCAUAACACGCACAGACAUUUCCCCUUACUUUCUAGGAGGAAAAAACUGUGUGUUAUGGAGCGAAAUUAAGGUAAUCUGCACACACCUUCAGGUAUAGUUUAUCUGUUUUUUUUCAUACAUAGUUUCAUACCAUAGGAUACUGAAGAGCAGGUCAGGUUUUGCUUAGCAUAUGCUGCUUAUGGGACAUUGAUGAUCCUGUUUUCUCUUUCUUUUUUGAUGUUAGGAAGAGUGCCAGAAUUAUAUCCGUGUCCUUCUCAUUGGUGGGGACAGACUCUUUGCAUGUGGAACUAAUGCGUUUACGCCCAUUUGCACUAAUCGGACGGUAAGAAUAUGGACAAAUCCACACUACAGAAUUAAACUGGAUCAGAACUCAUUCCUUCUUCUCAGGGAGCCCUGGAUACUGGGAUUGUGUGGGGUGGAAGGGUGCUAUGGCUGCCUGGGAGAACGCCCUUUCUGGGGAGAUCCACCUGAGGCCCUUUUUGCAGUUCUUUACAUGCUAGGCUCUGGUCCUGUUGGCAAGUUAAGAGAAGAUUUUCAGCGCGUGUACCAAACUACAGUUUCCAAGAUAGGAGGAGUGCAUGGUGGCAAUACAAAAGUUAGUUUGAAAUAUUAAUAUUAAUACCCCACCCUCCCUGGCCAAGACCGGGCUCAUGGUGGCUAACACCAAAUAUAUUAAUACAUUAAAAACACAAAAUCAAAUGAUUAGUUAAAAUACAAUUUGAAAUCACAUUUAAAAUCAAAAUAAAAUUAAAAGUUCACCAGGCCCAGCCACUCGUGCUGGUCCCAUAUGGGCCGAUAGAAAGAGCCAAGGAAGCCACUUACAUACAGGGUCCCAUAGAAAGAAGGGGGUCAGACUGGGCCCAGACCAAAGGCUCGGCGGAACAGCUCCGUCUUGCAGGCCCUGCGGAAAGAUGUCUCUUGUGACAGAGCAUUCCACCAGGCUGGGGCCACAGCUGAAAAGGCUCUGGCCCUGGACUAACCUCCUUGAGACCCGGGACCUCCAAGAUGUUAUUCUUUGUGGACCGUAUAGGGUCCUCUGUGGGACAUACCAGGAGAGGCGGUCCCUUAAGUAUGAGGGUCCUAGGCCGUAUAGGGCUUUAAAGGGUAAAACCAGCACUUUAAACCCGACCCUGUACUCUACCAGGAGCCAGUGCAGCUGGUAAAACACUGAAUGAAUGUGAUCCCGCGGCGAGAGCCCCAUAAGGAGCCUCGCUGCAGCGUUCUGCACCCGCUGGAGUUUCUGGGUCAGCUUCAAGGGCAGCCCCACGUAGAGCGAGUUACAAUAAUCAAGCCUGGAGGUGACCGUCACAUGGAUCACUGUGGCCAGAUGAGGGCGAGAAAGGUAAGGGACCAGCUGCUUAGCACGCCAGAGGUGGAAAAAUGCCUCUUUGCUGUAGCUGCAACAUGUGCAUCCAUAAAAAGGGAGGCGUUGCUUCUAUAGAAAUAGAAUAAAAUAUAAUAAAUAGAAACAAAUAAAGUAGGUAAGCAGUCAUGAUUAUUGCUGGAGGAAAGAUGCAGAGGUAACUGGAAAUAUCUGGUGGUUGCCUAGCUGAUGCUGUUCAUGGCAAUUCAUAGGUUGGAAUUAGAUGAAAUCUGUGGGAGAGCUUGCUUUAAUAUUGGGGCUAACCUGAAUACUAUUCAUGCAAUUUCAUUUUAUUAUUAUCAACCCCUUCCCUGGUCAUGCAGUUGGUUACAGCCCCACUUAAGCCUCAGCCUGCAAGCCAGCACUGAGUUUCAUGAGUCGUGGGGAGGAGUCUUUAUGUAAGUUAUGUAAAGGGAAAGGGACUGAAAUUUUGUUCUGUUGGGAUGGUGAGAAGGACCCUGAGUUUGAUUGUUGUCAGAAUUAGUUAAUUUAAAUUAAGCAAAUUUAGAUUAUUUUAAAAUAAUAAUUGAGAAAUAAGGCCAAUUUAAAUUAAGAUUUCCCCUUUUUGAAGUUCCUGUAUUUAUAGUUGGUUUCUAUCACAAUUAAGUCAUUUUGGCUUGCAACCAAAUGGAGUCUUUAUGCUAUCUAGAAGCACAAUAUAAGCCUUUUGGUCAUGAUGUGCGUAUGCCUUGCAGAAUUAUACCCACUCAGAGACAAGGAGCAGAAUUGUGUGCGGUUCUUUCUAUAUACCUGUGAGGAUAUUAAGUAAGAGCAGUUAGUUGAUCCAACAACCAUGUUGUAAGUAUCCAGAAUGUCUGUAAAGGACUGGCAGUUAACAAGGCAAAUGUUUUUAGGUAUCGGGUUGAAAAGUGCAUAAAUAGUCAUAUUUUGUCUGAAUAUGUUGCAGAAGUCAGAAAAUUGACAGGCAUGAAGCAAGAGUAGAAAAAUAAGUACUCUAAGGAUGGCCCAGUAUAGCAUCUCCUCUCAUACCUUCAGUACCUGUGAUGAUUUGCUAGACCCUGGAUCCACUAGAAAUCCCAUAUUAAAUGCAACAUGUAACUUUUUUGGAGCUUUAAAAAAAGUCCUUUGGGGGCUUCCUACACUACUGUGCCUCUCGCGUUGAGCAAUGUCUAGAACUUGGGAAGAAAAAUAACAUAGCAGAACAUAGAUUCUGGAUGCAUGUUUGAUGGCAGAGCCUCCUACACCAAGAGAUCUAUCACUCUGCUCCUGGUUUCAUUUUCUGCUAUAAAUUAUUUAUUUUUGUGCUCAUUUAUGUAUUCAUUUAUAAGCUGCUUGUAUCCUGAAGGCUUGAGGCUGGUAAUGAAAGCAAAAGAGAACCAUAUCCCAUCAUAUCUCUGCUGGGUUAACUCUGGAAACAGGCUAGUCCCACAAUGCUGCUGAGAUUAGUGUACUCCAGUUAAUGGGGCAGGUUCCUUUUAGAACACCUUUCUUUGCAUUCUUACUGUUUGAAUUUGAUGCACAGAUGGUAUCAUGAACAGGGAGACCAUGCAAUGCAAUUAGAGUUAAUGCUAGUGAUUUUCUAUUAGAUUUCUUUCGAUUGCAAAGUGUGCAAGUGGGAGUGCUGCCUUCUGUUUUCAGAUACUCACCACAGAGCUAGAAAGUGGUUGUUGCUCUGUGUGAGAGGACUGAGAGAUGCACGCUCUGUUGUGGCACGUAAUGUUGUAGAUUGAUUUAUGGUUUCCUGCUCAGUAAUAUGGUUUUAAUUCCCUCCGCUGCAGCUAAAUAAUCUGGAAGAGACGCAUGAUCAGAUCAGCGGCAUGGCUCGCUGUCCAUACAGCCCCCAGCACAACUCCACCGCUCUGCUUGCAAGCACUGGUGAGCUAUAUGCAGCAACAGUCAUGGACUUCCCAGGAAGGGAUCCUGCAAUUUAUCGCAGCUUGGGGGUGUUUCCUCCUCUCCGGACUGCACAGUACAACUCUAAGUGGCUUAAUGGUAAGUGCAGAGACAACUGGUUGUUUACAUGAGUAAAUAUUGUUCUGAAGGAGCACAAGUCCUUUCUUGGUGCUUUUGAAAAGGUUGUUGCCUGUUUCUCCGGACUCUGGGAAAGUCUUCAACCACUAAUGGUUUAAAGUUGGCAGUUCAGCAUGGAAGGAGGGGGUGAGUGGGGAGGAAAAGGAGAGGAAAACAUAGAGAGGAGGUGAGAGAGUGUAAGAAGAGGCAGGGACAUGUCCACAGCUCAGUCGCAGAGGGCUUGCUUUGUGAGCAGAAGGUCAUGGAUUCAGUCUCCUGCACUGUCAGCUAUAAAGAUCCUUGGCACAUGGACUCCUUCUCAGUCUUUGGACUGCAUCAUUAAAUUCAUUGCUAUUAUUUUAAUGCACAUGGCAAUUUACAGAGAUGAGUGAGCAAAAGCACAAAAGACAGGCUUUGAUCCCCAAGGAACUGGAAAUGGAGGAAUACAACAUGGUGAGAGAGACAAAGAUGGCAAGGGACGAAUGUGUACAAAUGCAUCAGCUGUGCUUCAGCUUGAUUACAAUUGGGGAUGAGGACUAAAAGACUCAGCGGAAGACCUUUCCAAAGGAAGGACCUGAAGAGUGAAUGGAUGGAACCAGUUAAAAGAGCAGGUGUCUGUAAGGCAGCGGAGCGUGGAGGAGUAAGCACCACCUGGCUGGAAUAUUCUCAAGUCAUGCCCUAGGCUUCUUUAGGAGGAAGGGCAGGAUAUAACAACAACAGCAGCAAUAACAAUAAUUUAUUUAUACCCCGCCCAUCUGGCUGGGCUUCCCCAACCACUCUGGGCGGCUUCCAACAAAAUAUUAAAAUACAAUAAUGCAUUGAACAUUAAAAGCUUCCCUAAACAGGGAUAAAAUAAUAAAGCAUCAACAAUUUAAAUGUACAGAUAGGUACUGUCACAAUCACAAGUAGAUGUGGCUUUUAAACAGCAACAGCAGUCCAGUGUAACAUUUGUUUCUCCUUUUGAAAAUAGUUGUUUUCUGAUAUUUUGUCUAUCGAUGCAUUUCAGAACCAAAUUUUGUGUCUUCUUAUGACAUUGGGAACUUCGUCUAUUUCUUCUUCCGAGAGAACGCAGUGGAGUAUGACUGUGGCAAAAUAGUCUUUUCCCGAGCUGCUCGAGUUUGCAAGAAUGACAUUGGAGGCAGGUUCCUGCUGGAGGACACCUGGACCACGUUCAUGAAAGCUCGUUUGAACUGCUCCCGCCCUGGAGAAAUCCCAUUUUACUACAAUGAAUUACAGAGUACGUUCUUCCUGCCAGAACUGGACUUAAUCUACGGGAUCUUUACCACUAAUAUGUAUGUAGUUUAUGAAAUAUUUUUGUUUCUAGAAUAUUCAGGAUGAAUUAGAGAAAAGAGUUGUGCUGCCUGCUCCUCCUGGGAAAUAGAAUUGAUACUGAAAAAAUUCUGAGACAAGGGCUCUUGGAGGAACGGAAUAGGAAGCGUUGACGGAAAUACAUCCGUCCAUUGCUUAUAGGAGGGCAGGACCUGAGGGCAGGCAAACUUCUCAAACCAGAAAACUUUUGUUGAUGGAGUUUUUAGUUUAACACAACUAAAUGGAAACUUCCUUCCUUGAAAGGAGUUUUAAGCAGAGAUUGGAUGGCCACCUGUCAUUGCAGGGUUGGACUAGAUGACCGCAGGGGUCCCUUCCAACUCUGCAAUUCUAUGAGGCUGUGAUUAUAUGUCUAAGGGAGCAGUUAUUUAUUAAUUGAAAUAUUUGUCUCCUGUGCUUUCGGCUUCAUCAAGAAUCUUCAGUGCUACUAACAAGUCCAUUAAAAACAAUCAUGAGAUCCUUUUUUAAAAACAAAAGAAGCAUAAAAACAAGCAGGCAAGGAAGUGUGGGAGAGCAGUUGAUAAUAGGCCAAAGGCCCUGAAGAGCAAUACUGUUCAGAUGUCUUCAAGGAGGACCCAUGAGGGCCUGUCAAGGCAGGGUGCAAAGUUCCAGAGCCUGCAAAGGAGAAGAUCUCGUCCUCUGUUCCCACCAGCUGAGCUUCACCUGCUGAGAAUGCAGCUCAGGACCUUUUCUGUAAUAACAGGACCGUCCUCCAAGAUCUGAGUGUCCAGGCAAGGUCAUGCAGGAGAAGGCAGUCCUUUAAAUAAGUCUGGUCCUAAGUUGGGGGUUGGGGGGAGGGGCUUUAAAGGCAAUGAACAACAUGUUGAAUUGAAUUGGAAGCCAAUGCAAUUUAUAUAAAUCAACUUCUUUCUGGUAGUUGUGGUAGCCCCAGUGUUGGUAGUGGAAUACUUUUUUUAGGGAGUCGGAUCACUCUAACAGUUUCACUUAAACAGAAUGUUUUGUGUAAAAGUCUACCAACUCCUGUCUACAUCUUUUCUUAGAAAGAAAUAUAAUGCUGGUGUUUUACCCCAUGAAUUAUUUAGUUGAAGUACUUCCAUAUCUGCUUCCACUCAGCACUGAAGAUCUUUUAUCUUGCUUCAGCUAAACUUUUUAUCAAUAUUCUUAAAACUUCCAAUUCAAUCUGCUGUUCUGCUGAGCUAGUUUUCCUUGUGCUUUUCUGACAGCACCAGCUUGUAAUUUGCUCCUGUAUCUGAGCCACUCAACUGAAAGCGCUGCUGCUUAGGAGCUCUGCAUUGUGCCAUCUCUUUCCCUGGAGGGCAGAACCUUUGGGUAAUUAGCCGACCCAGGGCAAUGAUGAUCUUAAACAAAUGUUUAAUGUGUUUUAAGAUACACACAGGCUAGUCAGUCAAGAAGCAUAGAGAUGCUGUUCUGCAGUGACGCUGGAACUAAAUGGAAGCUAAUAAUAAUAAUGAUAAUAACAACAACAACAACAACAACAACAACAACAACAACACCUUUAUUGUUAUUGUACAACCUGUGUAAAAUGAAAUUAAAUGAGCCUCCCCCCCCAAAAAAAACACUCAAUCUCUUAUCGAACAACACACCACCUAGACAGUUUUUUAUUAGCUUCAGAGUGGCAGAUUUCAUUAUUUCAAUUUAUGUUAGUGGGUGAUAGUUGUUUAAAAAAAUCCUGGAUAAGUAGAGAGAGCUUUCAGCCCUCCUUAGAUCCAGAAUUUUGAGGGGUUUGGACAAACAAAUGAAGUAAGAUGUUGCACCUGCAAGCAUGCCUUUUCUCCCUGCCAACCCCUAAAUUGACAAUGAGCAAACCACACCAUUCUUGCCUCUUUCUUUCACAGAUGAAUUACAUGUGGCUAUUAGUACAGGGGUGGCCUGUGGCCCUUCAGAUAUCGUUGGACUCCAUCUCACAUCAGCAUCUGCCAACCAACUGUUGAUCAGGAGCUGUAGUCCAGCAGCAGGAGGAGGACCUUGGGUUUCCCACCUCUUUGUUAACAUGCUAGCAGUGCCCUUUUAUAGCUAUGAAGGGAAAGAGUUGUAUUUCAGUCUGCUUGAAGUACUUCAUCUUUUGUUUGUGUGUGGUGUUGCUUGUGUGUGUUUCUUCUUCUUUUUUAAGGAACAGCAUAGCAGUUUCAGCCGUUUGUGUAUUCAACAUGACUGCAAUAACUCAGGUCUUCAGUGGGCCAUUUAAGUUCCAAGAGAACUCCCGCUCUGCUUGGCUGCCUUACCCCAACCCUAACCCCAACUUUCAGGUACUUGGAGGGAAAUGGGGGGGGCAGGGGGGAGGUACUGAAUCAUAUGAAUUGUCUUUAAACUGCCAUUGCAUUUUUAAAAGUAGCUGAGAUGAUGGGCGGAUUGUUGUGUGUCAGCCCAGCAUACUUCCAGUUUCCUUGUCAUGAUGGGAUGAUUAGGAAGAAGCUCUCUCUAAAUUGCUAUAGGAAAUGCCCCUGUGAGGGUUCACCAGAAGGUGGUGUGCCCAACCUCACUUUGAGCCAAUUGGCAGAAAUCUUCCUAAGCAGCCACUUGGUUAUGGGUGACAUUAAUCUAGACCAGGGAAUAAAGCAGACCAUUGUCAUGGGCAAUGUGGCUAUGGACUGAAUGAAACAUGAGCAAAUCAAGCCAUCAUUCCCACUAAUGUGACUUGAGAGUGUGUGUUAGUGUACAGUGAUAAGUGGAUGAAUAUUCUGUGAGGCUCUAAGCAAAUGGCCUUCCAAGCAGCAUCCUCUGAGGUCUUGUAAUUACCUUCCCUGCCUCUACAUUGGUUGAAUGAAUGAUAUGUUAUCACCUGAUACAAACAAGCUCCAGAAUGUCCCAUCCUCAGAGAUCACUGAGGGCAUUUCUGCACUAAGAAGGAAGCACAUCCAAAGCAGCACAUCACACAUGGCAGGUGACCACCCCGAGGGUUGGUGAUUUUGCCAUGUUUCAACUUGGGCAUUAUGGAGUAUGUGAUCAGGGGAGCAAGAUUAGAGCAGCAAAAACUACUGGUUUGCAUCACUUCAGUUUAUUCAUUAGUUAUAUUAAUUACCCUUAAUACCCUGCAAGUAAAUCUUUUCAUUAAAUUGGAAAUGUGCAUCCAGUUUUAACUCUGAACUAUAGUGUACUCCAGAGAUCAAAAAUAAGGGGGAAUAAAUUUAUAAAAAUGAUAUUUAAAAUGGGAUUAGUUGUUUUGCAAGAGUGGAGAUAGCCCUGUACUCAUUAUGACUACAGGGAAAUAUUUCUGUCCAACUGCAGCUGUGAUCUCUGUCCUUACCAUGCAUUGAUGUACACCUCUAAUGAUAACAUGCUGCUAAAAAACAGCUUCAUUUGGGUACUUUGAGUGACAUGUGUCACACAUUGACAUCCGUGUGGGUGCAUACAAAUGGCCCUAAAAAGAGGAGCCACUGUUCUCCAUCAGUGUACUUGCCAUGUUCUUGUUUCUCAUACCUAUCCUGAGUUGAGGUCAGGAACCAAAUCCAUUAAUUUUCAAUAGAAUCUGUUUGAAAAGUUGCAAUGUUGUGUAGUUCUCUUUAGAGCUAAGCUUUGAAGCCAAUAAAAAAAUAUAUGUAUAUUUAAGAGCCUCAAAACAGUCCUCAGGAAGAAAACAUGUUUAAAUAAAAAAUCAAUCCAAAGUAACAGAAAAUCAGAGAAACAAUUAUAGUUAAUGGGUUGGGAAGGGGUGAACAUGCUCACAACUGAAGAAAAAAGCUCUGUCUCACCAAAAGCACUAUUUUUGACCCCAAAGGUGUAAAUGGGUCAAGUUGUGGCAUAGCUCUAUCAGCAGUGCUUUUUUCUAGAAAAACUUCACUCACCAUGAAGUCGCUACACUAAGUGCCACACUUUUUGACAACAAAAAAGAGGUGCCAGGACUGUGUACACUUGAGUACCCCCUGAAAAAAGCACUGCCUAGCACAGGGUCAGCAGACUUUUUCAGCAGGGGGCCGGUCCACUGUCCCUCAGACCUUGUGGGGGGUUGGACUAUAUUGUGGGGGGGGAAAAUGAACGAAUUCCAAUGCCUCUCAAAUAACCCAGAGAUGCAUUUUAAAUAAAAGUACACAUUGUACUCAUGUAAAAACACGCUGAUUCCUGGACCGUCUGUGGGCCAGAUUGAGAAGGCAAUUGCGCUGGAUCUGGCCCGUGGGCCUUAGUUUGCCUACCCGUGGCCCUUUCAGGAUCUGCUGCUUAUAUACACUGGGUGUCCGGUUGGGAAGUCUUGGAUUGGUAAAACAGUGGCCAAAGUUGGUAAGACCUGGGGUUAGAAUUGCCAUCAAAAGUCACCUAAAAUCAUGAGGUAAUCUUGGAAAUUCCUGCUUUGGAGAAGCCUCUAAGGAAGGUUAAGAGCAAUAGAAUGAGGCUUGAUGAGACCAGUAGUACAACUCUUUCUCUGCAAGUGUCUCCCAGCCCCCACUCAGGAAUGCAAGAAAAACUUUGAAAGGACUUGGUACUCUUUGAAUGUCCUUAGAAAAAUAUCAUUGAAUCUGAGUAGGCAGUGUGCAAACGCAGAAUGCCCAUUUUUAUUAUGGAGGCUUUAGCAAGUUCUCCCCAACUUCAUCUCUAUGGAGACAAAAUUAUUCUGUCCAAACACAAGUGAAGUCACAAGUAGAUACAGAACUCGAUAAUUUCUCCCCUUCAGAUGUCGAACAAGACACCCAGUCCUCAUUUAAAGAACAAAAUGAUUGAGUAUUAAAAGCCAAAGAGAGCUUAAAGACUUUAUUUUAUGAAACAGUUGUCUUGUUUCAGACAAACUGUGGGUUGGCUGCUGCCUUAUGACAUCAUGAACCCCACCCCUCCUCAGACCAACGUCACAACUUGAUUUUGUUCUUUAAAGUAGGUUGUUGGUUUUUUUAAAAAAAGAAAAGAUUGCUUAAAUGUAACCACAUGCAGCAUUUUAUUCUUAAAAAAAUAACUUUAAACUAACUCACCAGUAACAGUUUUGAAAAAUAAAAAAGGAAGAUGUCCUAUCUGAGCCAUCAGAGUCAUCAGUGACUAAUUGGCUGUUAAGUACGAGUGCCAGAGGCAACAUGAAGGCAGGGAAACCUUGAGGUUGCUCAACAGGAGGGGAAAAACAAUUACUUCUGCUUGUUAUCCUCCUCUGCAUGCCUCUUGUGUGGAAAGGAAGGAGGCAACUUUGUACAGGCAGGAGAAAGGUGGUGUGGAAACAUGUAGACAAAUCUACCCGCAACCUGAGCAUGAUUUUAGACCCUUUGGAAUUUGAGGAUAUGUAGGUCAUCCUCUUCCUAAUCAGCCUGAGAGAACACAGCAAGACGGUCUGCCUCCGGCCAGCGCUCUUCGGUCUGGCAAGAUGGAGCUUGGCAAGGAAUUUCCUGUUCCACCUUGGCUUUUGUCUCAGGCGAGGCCCCAUGGCAGAAAAGAGGACCCUUGAAGAGUUGCUGCUGCAGCUGCAGGAGGAGGCAUCUGUCAAAACCCUACAUUCUCUUCCCAUAUAUUUGGGAUACAUGUAUACGGCCACCCAAAAAACCUCCUCCUGCCUUUUUUCUUUCAUUGCCCUUAAUUGUAUUAUUUGCUAUAUUUAUUUUGUCAUAUAUUUGCAGAGGAAGUAUGAAUGACUUGCCAGUGUGGAAAAACAUUUUUCUUUGAAGUACAUUGUGUAGCUCAAUGACCAGUCAUUACCGCACAAAUUUAUGUAAGAACUAGCUUGGGGAUUCUCUUAUCUAGGGAUAUGAAGGGUUUGUUUUCAUUCGCUAAAUCUUUUAUUAUGACAAUAGUAGAAAACCUAUGCCUUUUCAGUGUGGCACCAUGGACCAGGGUGCAUAUUUGAAUCUGACAGAGAGGAAUCUCCAAGAUGCCCAGAAAUUUAUUUUGAUGCAUGAAGUGAUCCAGCCCAUCUCACCCUUUCCUUACUUCAUGGAAGACAACAGCCGUUUUUCCCACGUGGUGGUGGACGUGGUCCAAGGCAAGGACAUGCUUUUUCACAUCAUCUAUUUGGCCACAGGUAAAUGCUUUGUUAACAGCACUGGGAAAUCCCCUGCUUCAGAUUUUUUUUUUGGGGGGGGGGGGAGGUGGUGGAGGUGUUUGAUGGGAGGGACUGCUCAUUAACCAGUCUGACUCUGCUUGUUAAUCUUCUUGGCCCCAGUGUACCUUUUCUGAUCUGUUGUGGAAUACAUGUUAAUGGCGCUUCUAUUACCAUGGUUUUAAAUAACCCCCAAGCUUUUUGGAGAAACUUCACUCCCUUGUUUUUGCCUUUCAGUGUCCUUUUUACAAAGUUCCUCUUUUCAAAUCACUUGUGACCAUGUUUGACCUUCCCAGCAAAUGUCCACUUUCAUACAUGUUGCAUUUGAUAGCGCGUAGUCACUGUUCCCGGUUGGUACAACAACGCUUAAAUCUCACACCAGGUUCCGGACACCACUUAAGUCCAGGAUUGUGUGCUCCACCCUGACACACGUGCACCUACUUGGCCAGUUCGAUCACCAAAAGUUCUGGGUACAAUCAUUUAGGGUAUCUUAAAAAUAAAAAAAUCUCUGUGUUGUGACUAGAACACAUAUGUACCCAGCCUAUAUUGGAGUAAUUGAAGUCUUCCAUUACUGCAGUCUCCUUGAUUUCAUUAUCCAUCUCAAAAUCCCCAUAGGAAUUUCAUGGCAUUGCUUGUGACAGGUAGAUGUGGAUCACAUAUUAUUUCAAAUUUUACAUGUUUAUCUGUGUGCUGCAGCUUUUAUAUUUUUACAAUUUUGAAGUGCUUCAUUCAAAGCAACCACAUGGUACCUUAUCUUAUGUUACUUAUUUAUUUCCCAUUUAAAUUCUUCUUCAUAGGAUAUACAACCCCCCUCCUUCAACAUAGCUUAUGAAAUGAUAAAAACACAACAAUUUAAAACCAGCUGUUCAAAAUGCACACUAAAUGACUCAUAAAAUAACAUUCAUAAAAAUGAUGAGUACAUAACUGUAGAUGCAUCACACUUUGUGUGCAUACAUAAAACAGGGCUUUAAAAAUACAAUGUCAUAUAUAAUUUACAGCUUAGUAGUUUUAAACCAGAUUUUACCCUGCAGAGUUCUUCACUUUCAGACAGUGUAAUGUUGCAGAUAUUUACCCUCCUACCUGGCAGCACUAAUGGAGGCAGGACUUAUAGUGGAGAGCCUUGAAUCUGCAUAUUGCAUGUUUUCCUCGAAACAUUAAAGAGUAUGGGAAGCAAAGGAAGCAAGUGAAACAGGGCCAAGGGAUGCAGUAGGAGCCAGGAAAAAGCUAAGAGACAGAAAUUACUCAGAUGCAACUGAUGAUCUUUUGUAUGUCUUUUGAGUUCUGAAGAUUUUAAAAACACUAAUACAGUGGUACCUCUGGUCACGUACUUAAUUUGUUCCAGAGGUCCGUUCUUAACCUGAAGCACCACUUUCGCUAAUGGGGCCUCCUGCUGCUGCCGUGCCGCUGGAGCACGAUUUCUGUUCUCAUCCUGAAGCAAAGUUCUUAACCCGAGGUACUGUUUCUGGGUUAGCGGAGUCUAACCUGAAGCAUAUGUAACCCGAGGUACCACUGUAGUGUACAAAACUUCUCCCUCCAUUCAUUUUUAUUUAUAACUAACAACAGUGAGCUGCACAGCAAGUGUUUAGCUGGGAAAGUGUGUCUGUUGCAGAAGUCUUUUUAGCAGCAAGGUUGUAAUUAUGUGGAUUUCUUUCAACUUGGCUGCUGUUAAUUGCAGACAGAGCUCAAGAAUGUUCAUCCAUUGUAUCAUAUAGGAAUGUUCCCUGACCCUCGUAUACGGGAUGUUUUUUGUUUAGGAGAACCACAGUGUCCUUGCCCAUAGUAUCUGGAGACACAGUGGUGUGUCAUUUACACUCUGGAUAGUUGUCAUUUACACUCUGGAUAGACCCAAAGUUGUUGAGCUAAAACUGCCUCUGUAGCCAACACCUUACCCUCCAGUUAUUGUUGGACUGUGGCUCCCAUUAUCAGCCCCAGCCAGCAUGGCUAAUGGUCGGGGGGGGGGGGCUGGGAGUUGCAGCAAAAAAAGAGAAAUUAACCCUGAAGAGGUAAGCUUGGAAGGUGUUAGUGCCAGACUUAGGUAAAAUGAGACAGGUUCCCAUUGUUCACCUCUGCAGCCACAAAUACAUAUACAGUGGUACCUCGGGUUACAGAUGCUUUAGGUUACAAACACUUCAGGUUACAGACUCCGCUAACCUGGAAGUAGUACCUCGGGUUAAGAACUUUGCUUCAGGAUGAGAACAGAAAUCACGCGGCAGCAGCGGGAGGCCCCAUUAGCUAAAGUGGUGCUUCAGGUUAAGAACAGUUUCAGGUUAAGAACGGACCUCCGGAACAAAUUAAAAACGUAACCAGAGGUACCACUGUACUUGUUUGCUAUGCUAUAUAAAUCUGUGCCUUGGCCCAUUAGCAAUUAAUCACGCAGCCCAGCAGAAUAAAUCUCUCUGUGCUUGGACUGUGCAUACUUACCGUAAGUUCAUGUGCAAGUCUGGAUAUGUGGAUCAGGGAUGUUUCUAGUCUGUGUGUGGUCUCAGGGCAGGAAUCAGAAGUGAACCUUUGAGCUGACAAAAAUCUUGAAAGAGCCACUACUAGCGGUUUCUCUAUUUCUAUCUGUCUUGCCUUGUUCCUCACUCGCUCUCUCCCUCUCCUUCCAAGUGCUCAAAUACAGUCUCGUAGGAUUUUUUAAAAUAAGAAAAUUAAGUAUCACAUUUUCUUGUAGAGAUUUAUCCUGUAGUCUCCAGUUUUCCAUAAAGGUGCAUAGUAAUUACUUUUGAAGCAUCAGUAUAUAUUCCUGCAUCAGCCCUUUGUGGAGUUGCACCCUCUUUCUUUCUGCUUCAGUAUACAUGGCAUGGCUACAAAACAGCACUUUGUGCUCAUACCCUCUGGUCCAGUGUUUCUCACCCGAGACCUCCUGGGCCACUGAGCAAAUCACAUUUGAAAAUGAAGGAAGUAUUAAAAGCAGUUUUAAACAUGGCAUAGCUGGACAGUGUGUGAGUACUGUUCAGAAACUCCAUAGGAAGCUAAAGUCACUAUGGCGUCCGUUCAUGUCUAUGUGUUUGGGUCACUUGAACAUUAUCCCAGCUCCAUGGAAGCCCCAUGGGACAGUGGCUCUCAUGUGGUUUGGGGAAUGGGCAAAGGGCCCAGUAUCUGUGGUUGGCAGCAGAAGACGAACAGGCUGCAACUUGUCUUGCCAAAGCCCAUUAUUUGCAGGGAGAAGGUUUCUUUUGGAGGAAUACCUCAGUGUCACAGAGGUCAUUAUCCUCUUGCCAUACCCCAGUGUGGGGCCCUCCAGAUAUUGUUGGACCAUAGCUCACGUCUUCCCUGGGCAUUGAGUAUGCUGGCUGGGGAAGAUGUGGAAACUGGAGUCCAAUAAUGUCUCGACGGUAUCACAUUGGCUCCCUCUGCCUUACCCUAACCAGUCUUAAAAUGCCUUCUCCCUCGGUACUGUAGAAGGACAGAAUCAAUCAAGAAAGGGCCCCCACUUGGCUGCUUGCUUCUAGCAACCUGUUUUAGAAGGCUGUAAGGAGCAAAAGCUUCUGGGGUAUGAAUGAAUGAAUCUUUAUUUGCGUCAGCUAUUGGCCAUAGCAAUAAAACAACAAUACAAUAUACAAAGAAUAGAAAUAAAAAGUCAGUUAUCUAAAAUACAUUUUAGGGUUUUGAAUCAAUAGUCAAAUAGUGGAUCCUAUUCUGAUUGCCCCAGCUAAAAACCUUACAACCUUUGCUAUCACCUGCUCAUCUUGAUCUGCCAAGAGAAAGGACCCUGUGGCAGUGCUUGAGCGACCUAGAAUGGACAAUAAAAGAGGGAUGAUAAUCUCAUUCCUCAAGUCUUAAUCAAGAGUGCAAGCCAGAAGGGCACAUGCCACCAACUCGGGACUGCCAUCUCCACAGGGACAUAAGAGUUUUUCAUGUGGAAUCUGUUGGAAUCAUCCCUCAAGUACAGCCAAGGGCAAUACAUUCAGUCUUGUGAGAGUAAAAGCGUGUCUAUAUUUUAGAAUUGCUAGGUUAUGCAGAUAGGGUGCCAGAGAGGCAAAAUAGGAAGGAAGGUGGAAAAUAGGCAUACCAUGGGCAAAAUUUCCUUAUUGAGGCCAAGUUGUUCUGGCACUCGAUAUCAUUUAGGCAUUGACAAAUUAGACUGUUUGCUUUACUAAAACCCAAAGUGAGUAGCUGUUGUGGUGAUAAACCACAAGAGUGAAGUUUUUGAUAGACAAUUUUAGUCCAGGCGCUCUUGUGACAAUCUUGCAGCACUAGGGAUAUUAGACUGGGGGGAUUUGAAUUUAGGUGAAGCCAAGAGUUAAGUGUCCUAGGCCAGAUCCAUAAUUCUACUGAGGGAAGAUUAGCCUCUGUGUGCAAUGAUGUGCUUGGGGCACAGGGUGGUACAGAGAAAAUUUGCCUUAAGAACUUUGAUUGGACAGCUUCCGUAGAUGGAAGGUGAGUGCCUUUCCAGAUCUGAGCCCCAUGUAACAAUUGUGCUAGGGGUUUAGCUUGGAACACUUCCAGGACUGAGAGUAUAUGUUUACCACAUUUUGUGUGGAAAAAGCGUGUCAGAAUUUUGGCGCUUUGGGAUGCUUUUUCCUUUGCACAUUUCUGGUGUGCUCCCCAUGACCCUGUAGACUGGAAAAUAAGGCCAAGAUAUUUGAAAACUUUGACCUGUUCAAUUAGCUGGUUGUCCAUCCGCCAUCUAUGGGCCCUAUAGUUUCUUCAGAAAACCAUGACUUUUGUUUUCUUGUAUCGUAUUUUUCGCUCUAUAAGAUGCACUUUUCCCCUCCUAAAAAGUAAGGGGAAAUGUGUGUGCAUCUUAUGGAGCAAAUGCAGGCGGGAGGCUCUGCUUAGUGCUCCCUUUAAAGAGCCGCACACACGCUUCACGCGCUCUUUAAAGGGAGCGUGGCUCUUGGGGGAGCCUUAGCCGCUCGCAGCCUCUCCCGGGCAGGGGGAGAAUUCAUGCCACUGCCCGGGAGAGGCUGCGCGCAGCUAUCCCAUAAGCCAGGACAGCAAGCGGGAUCACUGAGCUGCGAUCCCGCUUGCUGUCCUGGCUUAUGGGAUUCAGAAUAUUUUUUUUCUUGUUGUCCUCCUCCAAAAACUAGGUGCGUCUUAUGGUCUGGUGCGACUUAUAGAGCGAAAAAUACGGUGCGUCUUAUAGGUUGAAAAAUACGAUAAUUCACGGCCAGCUGUUCUCUCUGGAAAUAUCCUGAAAAUGCUCUGAUUAGUCUUUUUAGGCCUACUUUUGUUUGGGAUAGAAGAACCGCAUCAUCUGCAUAUAAUAGUAUUGAGAUGGGUUUUGUGGCCAAUUUAGGGGUGGAGAUGUUAGACACUGGACAAUGUCAUUUAUAUACAAGUUGAACAGUGCCGGGGCUAGGAUACAGCCUUGCUUGACUCCCUUUGUGGCUUGUAUAGAUGCUGUAAGUUGUCCAUUUGUGGAGCAGCACACUUUCAACACUGUAUCUUCAUAUAAGCAUUUGAUCAAGUACAGUAGUCUUUUGUCAAUACCCAAGGAGUUCAGCUUAUCCCAGAGUCUUAUUCGCGAAAUUGAGUCAAAUGCAGCUUUCAAAUUGAUGAAAACAGCGUAAAGCACACCACGUGGUUUCUUAGCUUACUUGUCUAUGAGAUGUGCUAGAACAAAGCAAUGAUCUAGAGUGGAUCUGCCCUGCCUAAAUCCUGCUUGCUCUUCGGUGAGAAUAGCCUCAUCGUCUAUCCAGUCGGCUAGUUUGUUAUAGAAGUGCUUUGCAUAUAGUUUACUGGUUAUAGGUAACAAACUGAUUGGUCUGUAGCUAGCCAACUCCUAUCCCUUGCCGGGGGCACAACUAGUGCCAGCACCUUCCGUCAAGAGUUUGGUGUAACCUUUGAUGCCUCCCUUUCCAUGGAGGCGCAGAUUGCAGCUACAACAAAGGCGGCAUUUUUCCAUCUCUGCCAAGCUAAGCAGUUGGCUCCUUAUCUCUCUCGCCCUGACCUCGCCACUGUGAUCCACGCGACGGUCACCUCCAGACUGGAUUAUUGUAAGUCGCUCUACGUGGGGCUGCCCUUGAGACUGACCCAGAAACUCCAGCGGGUGCAGAAUGCCGCAGCGAGACUCCUUACGGGGUCCUCACUGCGAGAUCACAUUCACCCGGUGCUAUACCAGCUGCACUGGCUCCCGGUGGAGUACAGGAUCAGGUUUAAGGUGCUGGUUUUAAUCUUUAAAGCCCUAUACCAGGCUUCCUCAACCUCGGCCCUCCAGAUGUUUUGAGACUACAAUUCCCAUCAUCCCUGACCAUUGGUCCUGCUAGCUAGGGAUCAUGGGAGUUGUAGGCCAAAAACAUCUGGAGGGCCGAGGUUGAGGAAGCCUGCCCUAUACGGCCUAGGACCCUCAUACCUACGGGACUGCCUCUCCUGGUAUGUCCCACGGAGGACCCUACGGUCUGCUAAUAACAACACCCUGAAGAUCCCGGGCCCCAGGGUGGUCAGACUGGCCUCGACCAGAGCCAGCGCCUUUUCAGUCAUGGCCCCGGCCUGGUGGAAUGCUCGCUCCAAAGAGACCAGGGCCCUGCGAGAUUUGACAUCUUUUCGCAGGGCCUGCAAGAUAGAGCUGUUCUGCCAGGCCUAUGGUCAGGGUUCAGUCUGACUCAUUUUCUCUUUGUAUAAGAACAAGCACGAAGGAGGUUUCUCAGCCCGCUCACAGGUCCUUAUAAUAUCAGUGGAAACAGUUGGUCCUGGUGAGAAUUAACCGCUUUCAAUUUAACCUGAGGACUGCCAUUUGUUUAGUUUGAUUUUAAUUUUAAUUUAUUUGAAUUAAUUUUGGGAUGCAUUUUAAUCAAUUGAUUGCUUGUUUUUAUGUAUAUUGUGUUAAUAAUAUGAUGUUAGCCGCUCUGAGCCCAGCUCCGGCAAGGGAGGGCAGGAUACAAAUAAAAAAUUACCGUAUUUUUCGCACCAUAGGACGCACCGGCCCAUAGGACGCAUCAAGUUUUUUGGGGGGAAAAUAAAGGAAAAAAAAUUAUUUCCCCCCCAGGCGCUUGUGGGGCCGGCAGCGGGGAAAAGCGCUCUUCUCCCCGCCGCCCGCCUUCAGAUCAGGUCCGGGGACAGCAGGAAGACGCGCUGCGUCUCCCUGCUGUCCCCGGAGCUUGGGGGCAGGCAGCGGGAGAAGCGCUCUUCUCCCCGCCGCCCGCCUCACAUCAGGUCCGGGGACAGCGGGAAGACGCGCUGCGGCUCCCAGCUGUCCCCGGAGCUUGGGGGCAGGCAGCGGGGAGAAGCGCUCUUCUCCCCGCCGCCCGCCUUCACAUCAGGUCCGGGGGCCGCGGGGAGGCGCGCGGCGGCUCCCUGGUGGCCCCGGGGCUUGGGGGCAGGCAGCGGGGCGUAGCGCGCUUCUCCCGCAGUCCGCCUUCAGAUCAGGUCCGGGGACAGCGGGAAGACGCGCUGCGCCUCCCAGCUGUCCCCGGAGCUUGGGGCAGGCAGCGGGGAGAAGCGCUCUUCUCCCCGCCGCCCGCCUUCACAUCAGGUCCGGGGACAGCGGGAAGACGCGCUGCGUCUCCCAGCUGUCCCUGGAGCUUGGGGGCAGGCAGCGGGGAGAAGCGCUCUUCUCCCCGCCGCCCGCCUUCACAUCAGGUCCGGGGACAGCGGGAAGACGCGCUGCGUCUCCCAGCUGUCCCCGGAGCUUGGGGGCAGGCAGCGGGGAGAAGCGCCUUCUCCCCGCCGUCCGCCUUCAGAUCAGGUCCGGGACAGCGGGAAGACGCGCUGCGCCUCCCAGCUGUCCCCGGAGCUUGGGGGCAGGCAGCGGGAGAAGCGCUCUUCUCCCGCCGCCCGCCUUCAGAUCAGGUCCGGGGACAGCAGGAAGACGCGCUGCGGAUACCUGCUGGCCCCGGAGCGUGGGGGCAGGCAGCGGGAGAAGCGCUCUUCUCCCGCCGCCCGCCUUCACAUCAGGUCCGGGGACAGCGGGAAGACGCGCUGCGCCUCCCAGCUGUCCCCGGAGCUUGGGGCAGGCAGCGGGGAGAAGCGCCUCUCCCCGCCGCCCGCCUUCACAUCAGGUCCGGGGACAGCGGGAAGACGCGCUGCGCCUCCCAGCUGUCCCCGGAGCUUGGGGGCAGGCAGCGGGGAGAAGCGCCUCUCCCCGCCGCCCGCCUUGACAUCAAGUCCGGGACAGCGGGAAGACGCGCUGCGCCUCCCGCUGUCCCCGGAGCUUGGGGGCAGGCAGCGGGGAGAAGCGCUCUUCUCCCCGCCGCCCGCCUUGAUAUCAAGUCCGGGGACAGCGGGAAGACGCGCUGCGCCUCCCAGCUGUCCCCGGAGCUUGCGGGGCAGGCAGUGGGGAGAAGCGCUCUUCUCCCCGCUGCCCGCCUUCAGAUCAGGUCCGGGAACAGCAGGAAGACGCGCUGCGUCUCCCAGCUGUCCCCAGAGCUUGCGGGCCGGCGGCGGGGUCUCCCUGCCGUCAGCCUCCAAACCACUUCGGGAGACCGCGGGAGGGCGGCGUCCCGCCUCCCUCUGCCCCCCGACCUGGUGGGGCUGGCGCUGGGGCUCUCCUGACGCCUGGAGAGCGAGCGGGGUUGGUGCGCACCGACCACUCUCGCUCUCCAGGCUUCAGUGAAAGCCUGCAUUCGCACCAUAGGACGCACACACAUUUCCCCUUCAUUUUUGGAGGGGAAAAAGUGCGUCCUAUAGUGCGAAAAAUACGGUAUUAUUAUUAUUAUUAAGAAGAAGAAGAAAAAGAAAGGUACAUUUUUCAGAGCUAGAAACCCCCACAGCAUCUACCUUCAUUGGUCUGUUGACAAAAGCUUACCAGACAUUUAAUACAGAGGAAAAGUCAAGAAGAUGCUUUCUAACUCUGGACACUUUUGGUGUGUGUCUGAAUGCCUCCCAUCCUGCCUUCCAUUUUUAGAUAUCGUGUGCUGACCUUGCACCUAUUUGUGGCUGCUGCUAAAAUCCCUGGCUCUGAACUCCAGUGUUUCUUUUUUUUUUUUUUGAAUGAUAUUUAUUAAAGUUUCAAAAAAUACAAGAAAUACAAAAUACAGAAAAAAGAGUAAAGUUUUUAAAAAUAUAACAAAAAAAUAAAAAAUAAAAAAGAAACAUACAAAAUAAAACAGUUAAAAAGACAUUAAUUUUCCAAACCUAUCUUCCCUAGAUUUAUUUCCCCGGACCUCCUCAUACCUCCCUUCUUUGUAUUCCAGUUCAGUUUGUUAGUUCAGCAAAUCCUUACUGUUAAACUUUUGCCCAAUUGUAAACCUUUUUUUUCAUCUCUCUUAAAGCAUUACAGCUAAAAACCUCUUAGUUUCUAUCCAACAUCCUUCUAAGAUUCGUUAAUUUUACAAUAUUUCUGUAAAUAGUCUUUAAAUUUCUUCCAGUCUUCUUUGACCGACUCUUCUCCCUGGUCUCGGAUUCUGCCAGUCAUUUCUGCCAAUUCCAUAUAGUCAAUCACCUUCAUCUGCCAUUCUUCCAGAGUGGGUAGAUCUUGUGUCUUCCAAUACUUUGCGAUGAGUAUUCUUGCUGCUGUUGUAGCAUACAUAAAAAAAGUUCUGUCCUUCUUUGGCACCAAUUGGCCGACAAUGCCCAGGAGAAAGGCCUCUGGUUUCUUCAAGAAGGUAUAUUUAAAUACCUUUUUCAAUUCAUUAUAUAUCAUCUCCCAGAAAGCCUUAAUCUUUGGGCACGUCCACCAAAGGUGAAAGAAUGUACCUUCAGUUUCUUUACAUUUCCAACAUUUGUUGUCAGGCAAAUGAUAGAUUUUUGCAAGCUUGACUGGGGUGAACUCCAGUGUUUCUUCAUGACUUUGCUUCCAGCCCAGACCUGUUGCAUUUUCUUGACGAAGAUUUAAUCUUCACAGUGUUACAUUUUGAUUUAAUUUUAAAUUAACUUUUCCUUUGUAAUAGUCUAAGGAUAGCAUAUCUGAGCGAUCGAAAAAUCAUAAAAAGUGCAGUUUUCCCUCCAAGCCCCAGACAGAAUAUGAUCUAUGGUAAUAAUUACAGAAACAGAAAUGAACAGAAUGGGAUAUUAGAACAAACAGAAUGUUUCCUUGACUUAAGCUUAGGUAUCUAGGCCUCCACACAAUACAAAGGAAGCGCUGGGAAAGAGAAGAGUGGGAGUUAAUCUAUGUCUAUGUCCCUGUUCACUGGACUAGAUGAUUCCCAUGGUAUUUUAUCCAACAAUUGCAGGCCUAACUGGGCAACAAGAGGCGCUGGACAGGAGAUGCUCUCAGGCCUCCCUCCCCUAGAAUGGCUGGCUGCCCUUGUGCCACGGGAGGAGCACACAGGAGUCCGUUGCACGGUUCAGGGGUCUCUCUGCACAUGUAUUGCAUUCCUGGUCUUGUUUUGUAUGAAGGGAAAGUGGCUGGCUGCCCAGAGGAACUCCAAACAAGAGUUGUGAUUAACCUUUUGGUCAAGUGUGCUGCUGGUCCAAAGGGUGGGAGAGUGGCAUUCUAACGCAUACUUUAGUGUACACUGAAUCAUUUCAAUGCCUUGAGGUGAUUUUGCCUGUAGUCUGUUGCUCUAGAGAGCAUCCAUCAGGAGAGGCAGGCAGAAGUGCAGGUCUGAUUCUGUCACAGCCGGGAUAGCUCAGCCAGUGGGGCAAAAGACUCUUCAUCUCAGGGUCAUGGGUUCGAGCCCCACAUUGGGCAAAAGAUUCCUGUAUUGCAGAGGGUUGGACUAGAUGACCCUUGGGGUCCCUUCCAACUCUAUAGUUGGAACUCUACAAUUCUAUGAUACCAGUAUCACUUGUGGCACCCGUGCUGCAGGUUCACCCCCCCAUGGAUCAGCAACUGGAAGCCUAAGGCAAGAGGAGAAUAAGGAUUGAAUAGUGGCCAUAGGAGUGAGAUUUACUGGUUGUCCAGUUGGGGCAGUACCCUGGUCAGGUUGCCCAUCCCUUCUUCUAAGAGGCCCUGGGUUGAAACUAGUUGCCAAUCAGUGCUCUGGAGCACAGUUACACUCCUGCGCAGCGCAGCAAUUAUUGCAUAUGUGAGGAUGCAAUAAUUCACUGCUAGAUCACCUGAAACAGUGUUCUUCAACCUUGGAUCCCCAGAUGUUGUUGGAUUAUGGCUCCCAUCAUCUCCAUCCAUCUUAAAUUAGCACCGGUAAGCCACAGAACUGGGAGUGAAAUCUGCCUAAAAGUCCAAAUCCUGGAGAGCUGUUUCCAGUCAGAUUACACAACACCUUGCAAGAUGGGCCAUUUGGCCAAUUCAGUGUCAGUUGGUUUCAUGCAACGUAGGUCUCCUUUGAGUUGCAAGGAAUGCAUGCAUCCUCUACUUGCAUCGUUGUUUUCACAAAUAACUCCCUUCUCUUGCCGUUACAGAUCAUGGCACUAUUAAGAAAGUACUUGCUCCAGUUAAUCAAACAUCGAGCAGCUGCUUGCUGGAGGAGAUUGACAUAUUCCCAAAGAAGCAGUGGGAGCCCAUCAGGAGUCUGCAGAUUUUACACAGCCAGAGUGCUCUGUAUGUGGGCCUUCAGAGAAGUGUGGUGAAGAUCCCACUGAAGAGAUGUCUGUUUUACAAAACACACAGGUAUCUGGCUGGCUGACUGUGAGAAGUGCAGAAUUCAAAGAUAUCAGGGAUUUGUAGAAACGCAUUACUGUUGGGGCCACCAGCCAAUCCUAAAGAAUUUUAGUUGAUCAUUCAACUUCCACUUAAUCUAUUAAUUGAAUGGGGGGUGGGGUUCCUCCAAGAUGCAUUAUGUAUGAAGAUCAACCCCCAUAAAAUAAAGAGUUUGGGGGGGGGGAGACUUACUGCUAGCUGAGGAGAAAGUGGUGUGGUAUGUGCAUGUAGUUGUGGUAUGUGCAUGGUUGCCACAGUUUCUCUGGUUUGCACAUGUGCUCAAGGACAGUUGAGGUCCAUUGCACCCAUCCAAAAUAGCCUCCUAUCAAUUAAUCAGCUGAAGCUUUAGUUGUUUAAUAUUCCAAUAAAAGGGUUUAAUAAUUAUCUAAUCUCAGUAAUAUAAUCUACAGUGCUUUUCCUUUUGGGACAAAGUAGAACAUCUCCAGAAAACUAUUAAUUGCUCCAACAAAUGGAGAUUAUCUGUAGGGAUAUUCAACCUCUGAGACCUCUCUGGAAUGGGGAGGAGAGCUGGGGAAGGGCUAGAAUUCUCCCUCCUACUCUGCCCUCCUUGUCAAGUGUGAUAAGUCUUUUGCUAGAAACAGCAGCUCUUUCUCAAGCACAGGUUGUUGGUAUCCAUCUGUCUCGAGGGACAAUGGAGUGCUCCUCCGGGGGUAAAGUCAAACUGCUGUGUUAGCAGCACUGAAGUGACCUCGGGGGUGCAAGGCUGGGCAGCAUGUAUGAAGGUCCUGGGCUGCCCAGAUGACAAGACCCCUCUCUCAGCCUUGCUGAUGUCCAGACGGAAGCAGAGCAAAAGGCUGCAGGAGUUGCCGGAAGGGGGUGUACAAGGUGCCACCCAGCUGCCUUCAGGACUCCACUCUGGAUUUGUGCAGGGUUCACUCUGAGCCUUUUCUUCUCCUUAAUGUGUCCCACAAGGCAGGUGGUACAGGUUUUUCCUCAGGGUCUACUCCCAAAGCCUUUCUCAUGAAUGAAUAUAGUCACAAGGCAGCAGAGAUUUAGGAUCAGAGUUUUCCUUCUCCUAGAUGGGCUCCCUUCCCAGGUUGACAAGUCCUCUGUGCCCCUCUACAGCACAUGCCUUCUUGAGCGUGGACCCACUUGAAGCCCUUCCUGGUGCACGAUUAUACUGCAGUCUGAUGUUUUGGGUUUGUGUUUCCAGCGCAUGUGUUGGAUCCCAGGAUCCUUACUGCGGCUGGGACCUGGUGCUCAAGAAGUGCACACCACUGGAAGAAAGCCUGAGUAUGAGUCAGUGGGAGCAAAGCAUCUCAUUGUGUCCAGUAAGUUCAAUUCAGAUUCUUCUUUUCCCUGAGUCCAAGUGAUUCCCGCAGAAGUAAGUCUGAGUAUUUGGGUCAAGGAAGUGAUUAUGCACAAAUAAUGUCAGUUCAAGCCUUCUUGUCUCUCUGAUCUGAGCUACAGGCUGAACCUUUCUUCUUUCCUCUGCAAGCUGUUACGCAGCAUGAUUUGUAUGUCUGAGUCAUUAAGUUAUCCACCAACAGUCUCACAUGCAUAACAAGAGAAGAUCUGUCUGUUGCAGCUGUAGGAUGCUGGCAAUUGCAGUUGUUGCAGAGAAGUGGAACGUCAGGCUGGCUGUGGAAGCCUCGCACAGGGAUUGGGACAUCCCAAGAGAUGUGUGCUGUUGGCAGGAAGUGGGAAGGAAUCCAAGGCUGUGCUGCAGGGCACUCAGGGAAAUGCAGGUUUGGAGCAGAGUGGGAAGAAGGGAGUCUUGAGGCAGAAGAGUUCAGACAGGAAGCAGGGGGCUGAGCAGUCAAAAUCUAGCAAGUUAGGUAGGCGAGCCCGAGUCUGAGGAGAAGGGGCUCCGUGAAAGGAGAGGUUGAUAAAGAGGAAGACUGCCAGGAAGCCUCCCAUGGGGCCCAGUGACAAGUGAUGCUGUAAGCUGGCCCCAGAGGGCUGUGGGUUGGAGAGGCAGGAAUGCCAGGCCAGGCAAAUGGGAGGAAGGCUGGAGGACUCUUGAGCCUGUUGCUCCCAGCCUUGUUUAACUUGCUCAUGGGACUUGGUAAUGUCACACUUGCUCCCGGUGAUCUGCCUGAUGGGUUUGUUGAGUCCAGACUAAUUUUCUUUCAUUCUUACACCUUUGCACUGCAUGAUAGCCUUUUAUCUGUGUCAAUGCUAGUUGGAUAUGCUGCUUUUCUCUAAGCUUGAGGUAUGUUGCACUGGUGACCAAUGUCAUUCACAUAAUCAUAUAUCAUCAAUGAUUACAGCUAGUGGACUAUCAAUGAAGGGAGACAGGCAUGCUGUUGGGUGGUUGAAGGGUUUCUGACAUGCAUUCACUGCCUUCAAUAAGUGUUUGGUUUUUAAGGUAGAGAUUGUGUAUUGAAACAACUUCCACAACACUUAAAAUGGCUGUCUACUUUCAGCCUAUUUAUUUUUAAGCCUGUGUUUCAACUCAAUGCACCGAGUAUCUACUUCAAUUUAUUUUUGGUCUAUAUGUAUGAACUGAAUUGCAAAACUGUGAACUGAACAGUUUCCCCGAAGAACCUAAGGUAAUGUUGAUGGCAGCAGGAAGCCAGUCUUUUUGAUACACAAUCAUAGUAUCUGCAGAUUGCUGCAUAUAGCACAGCUGUUCGGGGUGUUGAAUGGCUUGAUGAACCCUGGCUGCCUCUGCUAAGAGACUGCUGGUAUGUGAGACAGCUGGUAAUAAGUUUUGGGCACACUGUGGCCAUGAUGCAGCAGCUCCAGUUGUACAUGCUGGGUCUUGGAAGAGGCAAAAAUACUCAACAUGCAUAAUGAAAAAUGUCUUGUGUGCAAUGAGAUAAUUUCCCCUUUUGUAGAAAAGAUGGAGAAAGCCUUUUGGUCUAGAAUUUUGAGGAAAUGGUAAAAUGACAGCGAUUGACACACAUUGCCAGCAGAAUCGCAUCAUAGUACAGUCCUCAUAGGACUGUAUCACUUCAUUAUGAAAGUGAGGAAGUCCCAUGUUUAAAUUUUCCCCAUAUGCAAAAACUCCCUGCGUAUGGAAAGCUGUCACAUCAGGGAAAUAAAGCCCUUUUCCCCAGGCAUACUAAUUUUUGAAAUGCAGAAGUGUUUUUUGUUUUUUUUAAUGAGAAAUAUUCAAGCAUAUGAAAGCAGUAUAAUUCAGCAAGAGCUGAGCUCCAUGUCUGCUGUGAUUAUUACCUUAACUAUGGCAACCAGAGCUUGUCUUUUUGCCUUUUGCUUUCUAGGUAAGGAAUCUGACUGUGGAUGGCCAUUUUGGAGCCUGGUCAGAGUGGAAGGCUUGCUCCCACGUGGACGGCUCCAGUGUCGGCUUUUGCCUCUGCAGAAGACGCUCGUGUGACAGCCCAGUUCCAAAAUGCGGAGGGCGGCAGUGUGAAGGGCCAAGUCUAGAAGUGGCCAACUGCUCCAGGUGAGCCAAAGAAAGAGGAGGGGACCUUGAAGGGGUGGGGAACUUUUCUGCAAAUGGGUAUUGAUGUCGCACUUUGGGCCACUCCAUACAUGUUUUAGGUGUAAAUGUAGGAUCUUUUCGGUAUAAACCUUAAAAUGUCAACUAUGGACGUGUAUAGGAUGUAAUUUUUUAAAGAAAAAAUCACUGGAGUAGUGGGAGAAAGGGGUGCUUAACUCUUUCCUUGCCUGUCCUUUCCCCUCAGUCCAGAUUUCCACAAUCCCUUCCAAACAGCUGUUUCCCACGUAGGUUCAGAGUUCUGCUCCCUUAUUCUUCUAGAAAUGGAGGCUGGACUCCUUGGACAUCCUGGUCCCCUUGCAGCACUUCCUGUGGGAUAGGCUUCCAAGUCCGCCAGCGCUCUUGCACCAACCCAAGCCCUCGGCAUGGAGGCCGUGUGUGUGUGGGACAGAACCGGGAAGAAAGGUAAGCUGCUUUCUCCUCGUCAUUGACUUAACCUUUAGGUGUCUCCUUGAUUCUAUCAACCUCUUUCAUUUCUCCUCCUUUGUGUCAAUCAGCCUUUGCUCCUCCAAUUUCUGCUAUUUCUGCUAUUUCUGCUUGUAGCAUCCUUAUAGUUACUGAGGGAAUAAAAAUUCAGUUGCAGUUUUCACUUAGUUGGGAUCUCCCCAAAUCAGCAUUGCCACAUAGUUCUGCCACUCCCUGCAGUGCCUUUAGCCUGGCACAUGACUGCCUUCGAAACCUGCAAUUCAGGGGAAAGUGUAUGAUCUCUGCACUGGAUUGUUAGCCAGCUGGUUUUUGAUUUCUUCACUGAGUAUUCUAAGGCUCUGUAAAGCUCUAGAGAAUGCUUUCAAGGUUGUAGCUGCCUAACAAUCUAUUGUUACAUUAAAGCAGACUAUACUUAAAAAGUAUUUUAAUUGCUAUAUAAAGCUCACCUCUUCCAGCUUGGCAGAGCUGGGGUUCCUCAUGCUUCCACCACACAGGCUCCAUCACACUUUAAAGCAGAGGUUUUAAAAUUUCCUGCUGUCAGGAUACUCUUUACAACUUGACCUGUCUGCUUCCGGACCCCAGCACAUCUGAAACAAAAAUCUGGGGCAUUGCAAAAUCUUCUGGAGCAUGUUUUCAGGGUAAGCAACCCAGAACAUGCCCAAGGCUUCCUUGCAGAUGUGCUUUGCAAGGGAAGAUCUGUAAUAAUGCAGGAAGAGCUGCCCUUUGGGGAGGCUGUCCACUCUUGCUGAGUUCUCAGAAGCUCCAGGGCUUUCCUGGGCGCAGUCUGAAACUUCCCACCGGUAUAAUGACCAAGGAGGGGAGCCAAGGAUCAGGCUGCGUGGAAAAGAGCAGGCUUUUAUCUUUGAUGGUAUCUUCUAAGUUCUGUGGAAUGAAAAGCAGAAUGCAACUAGCCAGACCGCUGUGAAAGAAGCAAAAACUGCUCAUGCAAGUAAAUGGUGUGGCAAGGGAGCAGGUCACUGCCAGUCUUCUCCCAGCCCUGGGACACGUGGAGAUAAUUACUGUAGUUAAUUCCUUUUGCCUCAUCAUAACUAUUACUAAGCUACAUCACCAAAUACCACCAGUAUUGCUGCCCCCAACCCUGUAAGUGUGCUGGUGUUGUAUUUGUGAGGUGCUCAGUCACCACAAGAACGAGCAUCUGUUCCCAUUCUAUGGAGGGAAAUAUGAAGUCUGUGUGAGCACAAUGAAUUCUUUUCCAGGAAACAAGCUUGAGUUUGGAGUCACUGGGGGGAAGGGACCAGCUUGUGUGCAUGUUUUUAAUCAUCUGUCGCUCCUCCCCCUCUCCCUUCCACACCUUCAAAUAGCAAUUGCUAUCUUUGGGGAGAUUGACUAUGGCCUCAGUCGAUGCAUCAAGGGUCAUGUCACUGGCCUGGCAAUUUUUCCAUGUCACCCUCUCACUUCUGCCCUCAUCACUUCCAGACGCAGGGUCAGUGCAGAGGUCUCCAGUUUCACAGAUCUAAAACCCUUGCAUUGCUUGUUUUGCAGAAUCGCUGCAAAACAUAAGCCCUCUGGGUCCUGAGAAAAGAAGAAAUUAACAGGCAGGGGAAGAGCAGCUGGGGAAAAGCACUUCCUGCUAGCUUGAAAUGCUUCCAGAAAGAGGAUUAAUCAGACUUUGCUCAAAAUCCUGCGUUCCAGCAGAUUCACCCCCACAAUGAGACUUGGAGGCUUCUGGGGCUUGUCUGCUUGGUGCAGCAAUUUAACAUGUGUGCCGUGGCUCAUUCUGACUGGGAGGAAAAUGUGAAGUUGGCUUCAUGUCUCGUUUUGUUUUAUUAAAAGCAAAGCAGUUUUUACAAACUCUCUGGCUGCAGUCGAGAGUCGUGUGCAUGUACUGGGCUUGAGUUGUCUGCUGUGCUUGUGUGUGUGUGUGUGUGUGUGUGUGAGAGAGAGAGAGAGAGAGAGAGAGAGAGGGAGGGAGAGAGAGAGAGAGGGAGAGAGAAAGAGAAGUUCCAUAACUGCCAGUAGGGACAAUAUCCUUGAACGUGUAGUGCUUGAUAUGGGGCAAUUUUCGGUUAGGUAUUGUCAGGGGAUUGCCAUCGGAACAGGGGAGGGAGGCAGGGGAAUACAGAGAGCCUAUGAGGCUUCUGAGGAGCAGCUCCUCGUCCAGCGGUGGGCAGAAAGGGAAGGGCCAGCCAAGCGAGGAGAGGGCUGGAAGAUGCUGCUGAGAGCCCAAGCGCCUCACCUAGCCCGGCUGGCCAGGAGGCAGACACGCCACUUCCAUCGCCCAGCCUGCGCAGGGGGGUGAAACGCAAGGAGGGGAGGAGGAGAUUUGGGGUGACUAAGUUCUUAUGCUGGGGAGAAGCCAGAAGAGGCCACUUCCAGAUCCUGCAAGUGACUAAGACGGACAUGAACUUGUUGGUUCUGCACUGUAAAUAGUUUGCACCAAUAAAACCUGUAAAAGACAGGUUGGAGUCCUGCCUGGUUACUCACGAGCAACCACCACCCGCAUCUAACAGGUAUCAUGUUAUUAAUUUUUAUAAGUUGGUUGCUACAGAAAAAGUAUCUAAGCAACUUACAAAACUAUAAGAAAAUAAAGCAUAACAUAGCACCAGGAGAAAAGAACAAUGCUUUACAAUAAAAGCCAUACAACAAACAACAAUACAUAGAAAAAAGCAGGAAAAAAACAGCAGCAAAAACUUUGGCAGCUGAAAAAUCCACAACUGAAAAGGCCUUCAUAGUCAAUUUUGACAAGCUGGAAUGUGUGCAAUCCAGAUGAUAAAGGUUCUGGAAACAAAGCCUCAUGAGGAACGGUGGAGGGAAUUGUGUACGGUAUGCUUAGCCUGUAAAGAGGAGACUGAGAGGAGAUAUGAGAGCCAUCUUCAAAUAUCUCAAGGGCUGUCGCAUAGACAAUGGACCAGUUUGUUUUCCCCUGCUCUGGAGGGGAGGACUUGAACCAAUGGAUUCAAGUUACAAGACAUGAGAUUCUGACUAAACAUCAGGAAGAACUUUCUGACAGUAAGAGCUGUUUGACAGCGGAACAGACUCCCUCUUUUCCAUAGCUGCAAUAGCCUAGAACUCAGACAACCUUUUAAAAUUGUUGGUCUAUUUGCAUGUUUCAAAAAUCUAGCAAGUCAGAUCUUAGCUGCUACCAGCAAAAAUUGAACUAAAUCAAGAUGGGUCACGGUCUCUUGAAUAUAUCCUGACAGGAAUAUAGUGGUACCUCUGGUAACGUACUUAAUUCGUUCUGGAGGUCCAUUCUUAACCUGAAACUGUUCUUAACCUGAAGACCACUUUAGCUAAUGGAGCCUCCUGCUGCCGCCGCACCACCGCCACGCGAUUUCUGUUCUUAUCCUGAAGCAAAGUUCUUAACCUGAAGCACAAUUUCUGGGUUAGCGGAGUCAGUAACCUGAAGCGUAUGUAACCCAAGGUACCACUGUACCACUGGUACAUGUGGUAAUAAGUUCCUUGUUAUGGCACAUAAAAUAUGUAAAAUAACUACACAGUGUUUUCUCAAAAGACGACAGUCCCACCAUGUGUGUAUGUAGGUUCUUUUACUCACACUUGUUCACAUGCAUCCCUUAUUGUUACCAUUUGUCUCCCCAUCCUCCAUCUUGCCCUUUUUUUCAAAAUUCUGAAUGUAACCUUUUUGAGGCAGAGACCAGUCCUAUAUAUUACCACAAAAUAUUAUGGUAAGACCACAAUCAUAUUCGGCUUCACAUUGGUCUUCAGAAAUGUAUGUGUACCUUCUUGAUAGUGAAAGCACUAAACCCUGUUCUUAAAUAAUGCAAAUAGCUGUGACCAGGUAUACUGUUUCUUUUCUCUUUUGCUUCCCUUCUCACAGGUAUUGCAAUGAGCACCUGCUGUGCUCUCCACACAUGUUCUGGACUGGCUGGGGUGCCUGGGAACGUUGUACAUCCCAGUGUGGAGGUGGGAUCCAGGCCCGCCACAGAACCUGUGAGAAUGGCCCUGACUGUCCCGGCUGUAGCGUGGUGAGUCACACAUUAAUUGCUCUAAAUGUGUAUAUGCAUACCGUAUUUUUCGCCCUAUAGGACGCACCGGCCCAUAGGACGCACCUAGAUUUUUUUUGGGGGGGGGGAAAUAAAGGGGAAAAAAUAUUUCCCCACCCGCUGUCCCCCGAGCUUGCGGGGCUGGCGGUGGGGCUCUCCUGAAGCCUGGAGAGCGAGAGGGGUCAGUGUGCACCGACCCCUCUCGCUCUCCAGGCUUCAGCGAAAGCCUGCAUUCACCCCAUAGGACGCACACACAUUUCCCCUUCAUUUUUGGAGGGGAAAAAGUGUGUCCUAUAGGGCGAAAAAUAUGGUAUUUUAUAUUUUUAUGACCUUAAUAUGUAUUCAUGAGGUGAUUUUGUAGCAUACUAAGCUGUGACAGAGAUACUGACACAAACUGGUAAUGGUGAAACCUAAUAUCUACCUACCUACCUACCUACCAACCAACCUACCUAUAGAUACAGAUAUAUAGAUAGAUAAAUAGAUAGAUGUAUACUGACAGUCAGAGCCUGGCCUGUGUUGACCAGGUGUGGAAACCUCUUGGGUUAAACUACUGCAAUUCCUUGCUUGUUGGGCUGCCUUUGAAGACUUCUUAGAAACUUCAGUUGGUACACAAUGCAGCAACUGGCAGAACAACCCAAACUUCCUUUGUCUUGGACGGUGUAUGUGUAUUGAGCAGAGAUGUCUUUCUGCUCAACUGUGUAGGAGGGACACAUGCUGGGGUUAUCCAGGGUGGGGAGGAGGGUUGGGGCUGAGCUGGCCCAGGAUCCCAUGGCUCUUAAGCUGAUCUCCUGGCUGUUGGGUGAGGCACUGGGACCAACCUAGAGCUGAUCACUGUAUCAGCCAGGAUCUGGCAUUGAUUUGGCCUGGUCAUUCUCCGCAGCACCACCCUCCAUAGCAGCCACGAUUAACAGCUGGGCUGUGGUUGCUCCAGUGACUCCCCCACCCUGCAAAGUCCCACUGGAGGGGAGUGAGGGCAAGGAAUGCAGCCUGGAUUACUAACUGGGACUGAUGAUUCAAAACCUGCUCUUAAACAAUGCUGGUAGCUGCGGGUCCAUUUCAGGGCAAAACACAAAGCCCUGACGCUUCCCUCUAACAUCUGGAGUGGCCUGAGACCUCGGCACCGGCUCUGUUUUGCACCUGAGGCGAGCUGGGUGAUUACCAAGGAGAAGGACUUUUUGGUCAUGGCCCCCUGCUUCUGGAAUGCCCUCCUUAGGGAGGCUCAACUGGGGCCAACCGUGAUGCACCAGGGAAAGAUGUUUUCAUUUGUCCAGGCAUUCUAGCAAGGGAUGCAAGCUGGAUUUAAUGUUUGUUUGAUCUGCUCUGUUGAGUUUCACUGCUGUGUUGAUCUACUCUGUGUCCUUGUUUUCAUUGUUGUUUCACUUGCAUGUUUUCCCUGUAGUUUUACUGAAGUGUGACCCAUAAAUUAAAUAAAUAAAACUGGGAUCAACCUGGGUCUCAAGCCAGUGUCUCCUGCUCCCCAUCCCCUCGCUUCUUCUCAGUGGCCUCUGGGAAUGGCAGAUUCAGGCUUCUGGAAUGGUGCCCUUUCAGACUUCGGAGUGGAAAGGGUUACUUUGAUCUUCCUUGGAGAACCUUUAAUUCCGAAUGGUUAAAAAAAAGGUCAGAGAGAGAGAGUGUGCAAUGUCGUAAGACAGCGCAAGCAAAGACCUGUGUUGACCUGCCGUGGCUUUUUAUAUUGAAGGGUGUGAUUUGGCAUUUACCCAUGAAAAGUCAAUGGCAGUGCACAGGGUAGAAGGGGGGAAAUGCUUCUCUUUUUAGCUGCUGUAAUUAUGACUCUCGUUUGAAGCUGCGUUAUAGCUUGUUCAUGCUAACUGUAUAUUUAGAAGGAAAAGCCAGAGAUUAUGUGCUGAGCAGCAUUAACCCGAGGGCCUAAAAAUGAGAAGACUUUGUAGUAAAAUGUGAGUGGUUCAGUGGCUGCUGGUUCGAACAAAGUGGUUUGCCAGCCUUUGCCAACCUGGUGCCCUGCAGAUGUUUUGGACUGCAAAUCCCAUCAGUCCCAGCCAGCAGAACCCUGAGGUGAUAGAACUGUAGUCCACAACAUUUGGAAGGCACCAGAUUGGGGCAGGCUGAGCUUACAAAAGAUGUGGCAUCCAUCGUUUCCCAAUAAAGCAACUCUUUUGGGGGGUGGGAAUCUAGAAAAGAGUCAGCCAACCUUUCAGAGCCUCGCUGCCAUUCUGUUAUGUAAGAGGCAUUCUAAACACUUACCCACCGCCUUAAGGGGAAAUCUUCGGGAGAAGAAAGUACUAAGGAGUAAAUCCUGCACAAAUUCGGAGUGGAGUCCCUAAGACAGUUGGAUGGCGUAUUGUACGCCUCCUUCCGGCAAUUCCUGCAGCCAAGCUGGUGCCAAACAUAUUGCUCUGCUUUUCUUUGGACCACAUCAGUGAGGCCAAGAGAAGGGUCUUGCUGUCUGGGCAGCCCAGGACUUUCAUAUACACUGCCCAGUCUUGCACCCCAGGGAGGUCACUUCAGUGCUGGUAAUGCAGCCAAAACAACACAGGAGGCAACAGUUAUGAGUUACCAGUUUCUGCAGCCACAGCAGGUGCUGUGAUUUCACACACACACACACACACACACACACACACACACACUGGGGAUACACUCCAUUGUCCCUCGAGACAGACAGGUGCCAAGAAAAAUUCUAAAAGCUAUUCUGGGAGCAACAACAACAACAAAAUCCAAUAGGACUUCCGGGUUGGCGCCUCUGGCAAUGGCGGAUUUCCUCCGAUCGGGAGGAACCCGCUCCGUGAAAAACAGUCUGAACCGCCACGGCGAGGCGGAGACCCAUUAAAAACCACAGGCGGGAGAAGCCUGUGGACGUGGGAUUCGGUUGGCACCUUUGCGCCUCCCCUACUCGCGGGGAAACCCUGUUUUGGGGAUCCGGAGCGACGUGGGGUGAGUGGCGCGGUGCUUUGAAUCGACUGCUUUUUUCACGGAGUGAAGCCGCAUUGCUGUUGCCGGGGAGCGCUGACUUUUUCCUGUGGGCAAUUGGAUUUCAAACAACUACUCGUGAGUAAAUCGGAAAAUUGGAUUUUUAAAUACUUUAAUUCGGCACUGAAGCGGGAGGUCACAAACAGGAAGUCCGCCUUCCGUUUUUGUAAAUAGACUGAAGCAAAGACGUUACAAGUAAAGCCUUUGAAAGUUUUUGGCAAAGGAUUAAAUUUCCACCGAUUUAAAGUCACAAAACCCCCUUGGGAAGCAGGAGAAGAGGGGAAAAUUUUGGAUCUAGUGAGCCUGCAGGAGAGAGUGAAGAAAUCAGAUUACCACUGCUCUGAACCUGGAAACGGGCUGCCAGAUGAUGAUUGAAGAGAGUGCUUUUGACAGAACGGAUUUGACAGUUAGCUAAACAAGAGUAAGAUACUGUUUCCAUUGUCCCUUUCUGCGUUUAAAAAAAAGAGGAAAAGUAACUGAAAUUUUAUCUUUAAUGUUUGAAAUUGUGCUUAAAAGAACUGAUACAAGUGGAGACUGUUUCCCUCUAGAGGGAGCUUUUGAAACUGUAACAGGACUGUAACUGGGGAAUUUCCAGCUGCAGAGAAGGAGUUUGGGAACCAGAGAGCGACCUUGGGCUAUUUAAAAAUGUUGAUAGGAGAGGCCAUUGUGACUGUUUUAUGUAAGAUAAGCUGUUCGCUGGGACAGCUUCACAAGAAGAUGGAUGAUAUGACUUUUAAAGUUGAUAAUUUGGAACAGAAAGUGACCAACUUGAGUCAAAAAGCGAACACUAACACAGAAAUAAUUCAGGACUUGGUACAGGAACCCAUUUUGGCAGGACAAAUGGUGGAGGAGAAGGAGGAGAAGGAGAAUGCAGCUGUUGUUCAACAUAAAAUAAUACAAGUGAGAUCUGUGGUUUUACAGAAGCAAAUUGGAGAUUAUAAGUUGAGGCCUUCUAUGAUUGAAUUCAGGAAAAGUCAGACUCCGAGGAAUGGAUUAAAGAAGGAAAGUUGGAAAGAGCCCUCUAUGCAGGGACUAACUGACUUUUGGGACAUGGACUCGGGCCUGGAGGAGAUUUAAUUUUGGGGGCCUUUGGAAUUGGAGGAACUUUGAAAUAUACUCGGAAAUACUUUAUGGACUGUAGUUUUAACUAUGGAAACUCAGCUGAUUUCUCCAGAAGGAAGAAAAGGAUUGACAGGUUGGAAUUUCCCCGAGAUCGGCUCUUUAGCAUUAAAGAAAAUGAAGAAGACCUGCAGAAGGGACUUGGAAAAGAAUUAAGAGCCUCGGACAUAAGGUCACCAGGUUGAUGGACUUUAUGGAAUUGACGGAAAGGACUGGCAGAAUCCGAAACCUGGGAGAAGAGAUGGUGGAAGAAGAUUGGAAAAUUUAAACUUUUUAUAUAGACUUAUGGUAAAACUAAUGAGUGAUAGAAAAAUGGUGGAAUGAUUUUUUAUUUUUUUAUUUUUAUUUUUUAUGGGCUUAAUAGAAAUGUUAUAAGGAGUUAAGUACAUAUAAGUAAUUUAGUUUUAAUGGAAAAUAAGGUUAAAAUAAUACGUUAUUUACAAUAAUCACAGAAAAUGGAGAAAGAUGGAAAGGAUUUGCUGAAACAAUUUAUAGAAGUGGAACACAAAAAGGGAGGUGUGAGGAAGUCGAGGAAACAAGGGAAUGAAAGAUAGAGUAUGGAAAAGAGAGGAUGUAUGUUUUUAAAUUGUUUUUGUUUUGGGGUGUGGGGUUUGUUUAGUUUAGUUUAAUGUGUUUAGUUUUGAGUUUAGGUUGUGUUCUGUAUUGUUUAUAUAUUGUAUUGUAUGGUGUUUGUUUGUUUUUGUUCUUCUAUUUGUUUUCCCCCCUCUGUUUUUUCUUCUGUUUUUUCUCUUUUGCUUUUUUAUUUCUCUCUUUUUGUAAUCUAUAAAAGUAAUAAAUAUUAUUUAAAAAACAAAAACAAAAAAACAACAAAAUCCAAUAAAGAAAUAAACCAACUAAAAAUCGUCAAACGUAGCAGCUGCUGCCUCGGAAUCCUACAGUCUAGUUCUUGGGUUUGUCUCAUAAUGAAUAUUAUAGUAAGGUUGUGCUUUAUUAAUGCAGGCAUUGUGAGUAUAGGAGCACCCAAAUAACCUUAAUUUCCAUGUUUAAACAAUGAUAUUAUAGUUUCUAAACCCCUUUGGCCCAGAGAGUGUAUGCAAAGUUUCAAGGUGUUUGUGGGCCAUGCUAGACACUAAAUAGAAGUAAUCAACCCCUUUCCUUCAGGAGUAUCAAGGCUGCAACACCAGCCCCUGCCCAGAGUUGAAGAAGACAACUCCUUGGACCCCAUGGACUCCGGUGAACAUCUCCGACAACGGUGGGCACUAUGAACAACGAUUCCGAUACACCUGCAAGGCACGGCUGCCUGAUGCAAGUUUGUUAGAUGUGGGAAGGCAGAGGAUUGAAAUGCGUUACUGUUCCAGCGACGGGACCACUGGAUGCUCAACAGAUGGUAAGCAGCCAUGUGCAUCAGAAUCUUAGGUUUCUUGCCAUUGCUAUGGCUGGAGGUGACUUUGGUUUUGUUGGUACUGAUAGAACCACUAGCAAAGCACCUAUUGCCACAGUGGGCAAAAGCAGGACACGCUUUGUGGAAGAUCAUAAUGAGGUGCGUCCAAUAAUAUCGUCAGUCCAGGAGCAACCUCCCCCGCCCCAAGAAGUCACCAACUUUGCCAUCAGCCUGAAUUGGGUCCCUAGGCAUAAAAGGGUCCUCAAAGGUCAUCAGCUGAGACCUUUCCUGCUACUGCAGGAAAUCUGAUACUGAUUAAGGGACCACAUGCUGUUCUCAAGGACAAAGUUCAGGUGAGGAUCAAACAUACUGCCUCUGUCAGAUACUGAUGAUUCCAGUAUCAGUAGUGUGGCAGAAUUUGCCAUCUCUAGUGGCUCCCCUUUGACAUUGUGCUCUUUGAUUAAGAAAGUAAAUUAGCUAUUGACUCCUGUGGCACAUACAUCUCUUCCGCGCGCACUGCACAGUCAACGGGUGCCGUUCCUUUCUGUGGCAAAGGAGAAAAUGCUGCUGCGGGGGAGACCAUGUCCCAAAGUGUGAUGAUAUACGGUAGGAACUUUGGGCAGAAUCUGGUGCCUUCCUUUCCCCAGCCUCCUUCCGUAAUGCAAUAUAUCAUGCACUGGAAGCCUUCUUGCCUGCUCAGCCUCUCCUUGAAAAUCUCACAGAAGAUUCUGUAACCUUCCCAGGUAGCUGGAUUUGAUUGCUGAACAGCUCUUAUCAUUGGGACAUUUUUCCUAACAUUGAGGAAGAGCUAUAGCUCUUCCUCAUUUCCUGACAUCUUUUACAUAUUUGAAACCUCUCAACUUUCAGUCUCCUUCCUUACAGCUAAAUAUAACCAGGCUUCUGAUUUCAUUCUUACAAUUUUCAGUCUAGAUUUUUUCCCCCUUAAUCAUCUUCAUUGCUCUCAUCUGAACGGGGCAUUUUUUCAAUGUUUUUUCUGCUUCUUUCUGUUGUGGUACCCAGAACUUUACAUUGUGUGCCAAUUUGCCAGUACUUCAUAGAAUCUUAUUGAAAUUUCUCAGAAUUCAGAGAUGAUGGUGCUUCCCAGUUAAAGUGGCAUAUUCCAUUUUUGCCACAACAUCAGCCUCCUGGUAAUUCAUUAUUUAUCCCAAACCCUUCUUGGCAAACUUAAAAGUUUUUCCAGUUAUGUCCCAUCUCGUGCAUUUGAUUUUUGCUCCCUGUGAGUAAUACUUUAUAUUUUCCCUUAAUAGGUUUCAUCUUAAUACUGUCUGCCCAGCUGUCAAGUCUGAGAUUGGUUUGAACUUGUAUCUUAACCUCUAAAAAGUUGGCAGUUCCCCCGUUUUUUAUAUCAUCCUUUCCUUUGAUGAGUGUGCAGCCCAUUCUUUCACAUGCUGCUUCACCCACCACAAGUCCCUGCAAAAUAGCAUUUGGUACCUAGUUCCAGUCCAGUAUUUUGGUAGCAUGUCAGUCAGUUGCAUGUCAUGCGUCCACCUAAUCUUAGCUUCAUGAAGUCUACCUUUUAAAAAAGAUUUCUAGGAGAGUCACCAGUGCUACUUGCCUGGAGUUUAAAAAUCACAUAUCUCCUGCUGGAUGGCAAAAUAUUAAAUAAGCCUGAGGGGACAACAGCUGGGAAGAUUGGAGAGAGGAAGAAUAAUCACCUUUUGCCCCCAACCACUGAUUUCAAGCUUCCCCUUCAGUUUGGGAACCUGAGAUAAUGUGUAGUUUCCAUUUUGGAAGCUGUGGCAAUACUGCCAGGUGCAAUUCAGCCAGGUUAUCCCUCAAUCAAACCCUCCUUUGAAAUCAGCCACAGCCGUAGUACUUUUUUGUGCUAUUAAAAGCCAGAGACUGAGACAGGUGAAGUGAAUGGGCUUAGUCUAUCCUCACUGUUUUCCCUCAGUUUUUUAUUGCUGUAGUGCAGCUUGCCACAGCACAUGCAGGUGUUGGCUAGAGCUCCCUUGCUCUCUGAUUCUUGUUUGCAUGUGUGUAGAGGUAGGCAGGUGAAUUUCUGGUGAAAAUGGAAGCAUGAUGUGCCUGUGAAGCAAAAUUCAGAAUAUAGUAUAGCAGCUUGCAAACAGAGGCCCCUUCAAGACUGUCACUAUUUUGUGGGAUGAAUCCAAGCACAUUCUGGGAAAUAUAGGUUUGCACUCUCUCUGGCACCCUUUUGCUGCUCGAAACAGGCACUGAAAAGUGUGGAAUGAACAAAUGAUUAAUGGGAAGAUGUAUAACCGCCGUGUGAGCAGCGCAGGAUGGCUGCUCAUUGUCAUCUUAACUUCCCUGCAAACAAAUCAGAACAAAUGUUCGAUAUAAUAUGACCUCUGCAUAAGCUUUGUGCAAGUAAAUAAGAAUGAAUGCUCAAUAAAUAGGUUGCCAAAAGGAGCCCAGAGAAGGGGACUUUCCUUCUCUGACAGUCCUUUGGGUUUCUUAGCUGAGCCCAGAGGAGGACAGAGCACUUCCAGUCUGUCCUCUUGCCCACAUGGAAUUCCUUCUCACCUAGUGCUUAAGUACAAGGCGGAAAAAUGGCUGCUUUGAAAUGCUUGCGGCGCCAUUUCUUGCCACAUUCUUCAUCUCAGUGCCUUCCUGCCCCAUUUUUAAACAAUCUCCCAGGGACAGAUCUUUCACCGCAGCAACAUUGUAGCCAUUGUGCAGCAUUUCCUAAGGCUCCACCAAACUUAUGUUGUUACAACUUGUCCAUUACUCCAGCUCAUCCUUGACUCUGGGCCAGGAGACAACAAUAGCAGACGCUCCUUUUUCUGGCAGCAUCCCAAAUAUCCAAAGGCUUUUAUCAUUGUCUCCCUUAACUUUGAUUUUUUUCUUAAUUAAAAAUGGCCUGGUAAUUGCAACGGUUGAGAGUCUGCAAAUGAAAGUAGUUCUAAGAUUGAAGGAAGAGAGCGAAAAAGAACCAAUGUGCAGGUUAGGAGACUGAGCCAAGAAACCCAAGAUUCAAAUCUUGCCUCUGUCAUUAACUCACUAGGUGGUCUCAGUCUAGCUACUCUUUUCGUCCAGCAUUUACAAUAUGGAGAAAUACUAUUGGCCUACCUUGCUGAUUUUUUGUACGGAUUAUUGAGAUAAUGUUCAUGAGAUCCUUAGAACAUCUCUUAUCUGCUAUAUGUGAAUGUCCACACAACUGGGGCCUGCAACAAAAUGCUAAUGCUGUGGACUGAUCUUGUUCAGGUUUCCUGUCAGCCAGCCAGGCCCUUGUUCUCCUUGUCCAGUCAGCAUUCUGUGUCCAGGAAGCAAGCUCAGUCCCUGCUGGACUAUUGGGUUGCCUCUUUAGGGUCCUUUUCCUUUAAACACGUUGACUUCUGCAAAUCUUGGUGUUUCCUUGAACAAGACAGCACCUCCCUCUUGUUUCUCAGAGGCCCAGUUUUGGGAAGUGUCAUGUGGGAACUUUGAUUAUCUUUCGUAAUACGACACCCUGUACAAAAAUUUGGCACCCUCAAAUGGAUCUUCCCAAUUUUGCACCCCCUCAGCUUGGCGCCCUGUGUGGAGGAACCACCCGUGCUACCCUACGUCUGGCCCUGGGGGAGUUUCCUAUGAGAGGGAGGGAUGUCGCUGUACAGACCACAGAUACAUUCAGAGAGGUUGGGGGGGGUGUUGAUCUGAUACAUAAGGCUGCGAUUCUAUGCACAUUUACAUAGGAGUAACCUUACUCCUGCCAACCUAGCAGUUUGAAAGCACGUCAUGUGCAAAUAGAUAAAUAGGGACCGCUCCAGCGGGAAGGUAAACGGCGUUUCCAUGCGCUGCUCUGGUUCGCCAGAAGCGGCUUAGUCAUGCUGGCCACAUGACCCGGAAGCUGUACGCCGGCUCCCUCGGCCAGUAAAGCGAGAUGAGCGCAGCAACCCCAGAGUUGGUCACGACUGGACCUAAUGGUUAGGGGUCCCUUUACCUUUAACCUUACUGAGAGGAAUGAGAUUUGCCCCUAAGCAAACAGGUAUACAGGGCUGUGAUAAAAAAAGGUUUCCUAUCUAUAGCGGUACCUCUAGUUAUGAACUUAAUUUGUUCCAGAGGUCUGUUCUUAACCUGAAACUGUUCUUAACUAGAGGCGUUCUUUCGCUAAUGGGCCUCUUGCUGCUGCCACUGCGCCACCGGCACAUGAUUUUCGUUCUCAUCCUGGGGCAAGUUCUCAACUCGAGGUAAUUAUUCCAGGUUAGCGGAGUUUGUAACCUGAAGCGUUUGUAACUCGAGGUAGCACUGCAUCUACCUACCUACCUAUCUAAUGUAGGUUGUGCAGAGAGUCAGUCAAUCAAUCAAUCAAUCAAUCAGUUAAUAACCUUUUUUUAAAUAAAACUUGUUUCACAUUUCAUAAGAGUCAUACACAAAUCAUGCUACACAAAAAUAAUCAUCAGAAAUAUCUCAUAAAAAGGACACAGAAUUGAUUAUAAAUGUAGACUGGACUUUGGGUUCAUUAAAUAUGCCUUGCAGGUCCCCAUAUUUGUUGUAUACUCCGCCCAGUAGAUUUUUGGAAAAGAAUCAAUUUGACUAAAAUUAACUCUCUUGAAUUUUAUACAUCUAUUCUGCUUUUGUUGGGCUUCAGUUGGUUUUUUCAGUAUUUAGCCCAGCCCUGUUUAAUUGCCUCCAGAUUGCUGUUUUUCAUGACUUUGGCAAGGCCACUUUGGGUCUAUGCCACUGUCAGCUUUGCACUACAGUCAGAUUUGAUACCAAAUUAUAUUUUUUGUGUACACUUUUUAAAUAUCUCAGUAGUAAAAUUACUGGUGGGAGAAUUCAAAUUAAAUCAGAACAGUAUUUUUUAAAAAACAAAACACCACCAUUGUGUUCCUUAGUAGAUACAUUUUUGUGUACCACGUGCAUCCGUUUCUUGCAGGUGAAUUCCUGCAUUCUGGGCGUCACUCAGCUCACACCAUUAAUGGUGCCUGGUCCCCUUGGUCUCCCUGGUCCCAGUGCAGCCGCGAUUGCAGCAGAGGCAUUCGAAACCGCAAGCGUAUUUGCAACAACCCUGAGCCAAAGUAUGGGGGGCUGCCAUGUCUGGGACCAUCCCUGGAAUACCAGGAAUGCAACAUGCUCCCUUGCCCAGGUAAGUGGCCAAGGAAAUGAACAAAGGGGUUUCUUUUUAAAAAAAGUUUCUAAGGACAGUAGUAGAGAUUUUAUACACAUAGUGUAAUCCUAUGCAUGUCUACGCAGGAGUAAGCCUCACUGACUUCAGUGGGACUUACUCCAAACUAAGAGUGUAUAGGACUGCAAGCUAACUGCUUAGCAUUUUAUUUCAAUUGACUUUUAAUUAGGAGGUGUAUCUUUGUUGUCUCUGCUGUCUUUUAAUCACUGUGUAAAUAUUAAUUUUUACAGUUGGAUUGCUGACUUGUUUUACUGUUCCUUUUGCUUUAUUAUUUAAAUUGUGAUGGUUUUGGUGGUGGUGGUUUCUUUGGGGUGUUUUUUUUAAGUGAGAUGUAGAAAGAAGGCACAAAAGUUACUUUUGAAAGGGCUUCAAAUUUCCUUGAUUUUUCUGUCAGAUGCCACUAGGCCCAUCAUCCUCUACUUUGGAAAAUGUACCAUUGGGAUGGGCUUUUGUCCCUCUGUCCUAUAUCAAUAAAAAUAUUGUGAUCUCUUUCUAGAGGGGCAAUUUUAAAACAUUGAAUUUUUGGAAUCUAGAAAAAUGCCUGAAACUCUUUGCUUGGAGACUCUUGCCAUUACUUAUGGGGUUUUGGCUAUGAAAUACAAAUGAAAAUGAUUCAGUGGGUCGGUGCAUCUGGCUGUGAAUUGGAAGGUUGGUGGUUUGAGCCCACCCAGGGGUGGCUGUGGAGAGGAUCCCUUCAUUGCAGGGGGAUGAACUAGAUGACCCUCGAUUCUAAUUGGCUGUUGGCCAUGAUGAGUUUGUAUUACAUGGGUAGGCAAACUAAGUCCCAGGGGCCGGAUGCGGCCCAAUCGCCUUCUCAAUCCGGCCCGCGGACGGUCUGGGAAUCAGCGUGUUUUUACAUGAGUAGAAUGUGUCCUUUUAUUUAAAAUGCAUCUCUGGGUUAUUUGUGGGGCAUAGGAAUUCGUUUGUUAUUAUUUUUUCAAAAUACAGUCUGCCCCCCCCCCCAGUGUCUGAGGGACAGUGGACCAGCCCCCUGCUGAAAAAGUUUGCUGACCCCUGGUGUACUACCUCCAGUGUCUGAGGUGGCAUGUCACAGAAUACCAGUUGCUGGAAAUUACCGGGGGAAGAGUGAUGAAGCCCUCAUGCUUAUGGGGUUCCCAAAGGCCCCUGGUCUGCCAAACUCUUCUUGUGUUCUUAAUUCAACUAUUUAUCUCCAUAUUGAGAGGAAAGAAACAAUGUAGUUUUGUCAUUUCCCAGUUGAUGGAGGUUGGUCCUGCUGGUCAUCGUGGUCUAAGUGCUCCACUACUUGUGGAAGUGGCCAUUAUAUGAGGACUCGCUCGUGCAGCAACCCAGCGCCAGCUUACGGAGGUGAUAUCUGCCUAGGACUCCACACCGAAGAAGCACUCUGCAAUACACAGCAAUGCCCAGGUACAGGAAAGCCCAGCUCAUUCAUUCUCUUGCUUUUCUGCAGAACAAAAUAGCUCCCUGCCCCCAUUUUAUCUCCACAACCCUGUGAAAAUGGUGAGGCUGAGGCGCCCAGGUGCUCUGUGGUGGUGCUAAGUCUCCACACCAGGCUGUAAAACAAUCUCUGCCUUGAUACCGGCAAUGUCCUAGACCGACCCCACACAUCACUAAGAGCUGCCACCACAAAGAGCAUCCUCAGGUUCAGUGCCCCCCUGUAGAGGUGGGCUCAUUUACAUUGCAUUGUGAUGUUGUCACAUCAUGCGUUGAGCCUCUGCUAGUGAUGCAAAGAAGUGGCCAUGAAACUUUGUGUGCUGAUCUCAGGUCGUAGGGUCUGUGGUCGUAUUCUUUCUGGAUGGGAACUUGACACAGAGGUACCUUUUGUGACAGCAGCCCUCCUGUACUGAAUGUGAGAUGUGGUGCCAGCCCUGGUUUCGCUGUAGGUCAGCUAUGCAGCCACAGGAUUUGUAAGAGAUGCCGCCUGCCUUGCUUAUUCAAAGAAAACAUCAAAAGAAUAUGCACAUUUGGGCCUCAGACUCUGUGACCUCCUGCAUAGCAGUGGCUUCCUUGCUUGUUGCUGGAUGUGAGCAUCUCUUCAUUGUACAAAUUGUCAGUACACUGUACUCUUUGAUGACUUGUUAUUGAUUGAAGGAGGGAAUAGCUGGAUUCAUCCCCCGCCCCCAGCCCUCCAAGCUGGUGAUUGGCUUUGACUCAGUCCUGGUCCAUCUGAGGACACCCCACACGCAGUCUCAAGAUCUAGAUGUGCAUUUCUUGAACAUUCACAGCAUCCUUUGUGCAUGGUAACCACCUCAAAUUAGGCAAUCCUUUUUGUGUGUGCAUGGAUUUUCCUUGCAGAAUCAGGGCAACUUUGCGAUAAAAAUGGAUUAUUUCAUAGGAAAAGUAUACAAAACACUUAAAAACAAUUUGCUGUGUGGGCUGACCCCUUCAUGUGCCUCUUUAUUUCUUGGCUGUCACAGAUAGCUGGUCGGACUGGUCAGAGUGGUCUGGCUGCGAUUCAUCCGGAGUCCAGUUCCGCACCCGCCAGUGCAAUGUUUUAUUUCCUGUGGGUAACCAGUGUUCUGGAAAUACCACUGAGAGUCACCCAUGUAUUUCCGAUUCCAAUUUCAUACCAGGUAAGGGUAUUGCUUAUCUCUUUCUCCUGUCUUCUAAUCUGGAAUCCAGCAAGUGUGUAAUUUUUACAAAUCAUUUUACAAAAACGUAAGCUGCCUACAGUGUGUGGGGCUCUGCCAACUCUUUGUGGGAAGGGGAGGUGUGCAGAGCUUCACAAUGAAGUCUCACAAACGGGGGUCCUGCUAGCAUUUACUGGAAAUAACUGGGGCCACAGCAGCUAUGUUUGCAGAAUGAAGCGUGUUUUCUUUGUCCACAGCAAAUUAGCAAAGUGUGUGAUUGAUAGUGAAGAGCAUUCUUGCUGAGUUAAGAAUUAUUCAUACCAGACUGAUAUAUAUAUUGUUCACACUUGAACAGAAAUGUUAAAGAAUUAUAUUGGGCUGUUUUUCUUUAUGACUUCUGCAUAAUUGAAUUAUUUGCUGUUGCAGACAUAACAGUAGCAAGGACCAGCAGCAUCAAAGAACAACGAUGUGGCGGUAAGUGUUCCUUCCCAGGUUUCUUUCCAUCCCUGAUUAUUUUUCUGCAUUCUUUCCCUGACUCUUUCUGUGCUGUUUUCUGCUACCCUGGACGUGAUGCUUUCCUCCAUUCUCCUUGCUUUUUAAAUGUAAAGCAAGAAACCUGCAUGGAAGAAAGUCCAAUCAGGCAAGACCCUGGAUGGUGUUCAGUUCAACCUCCCCAAGCUGCAUUUCCACCUGGGGUGGGAAGAUGACCCCAGAUGAAGAAGCCGUUUGGGAAGGGUAAUUGUAAGCCAAAGAGGACACUGAGUGGGUUACGUAACCUUUCUCCAUCCAUUCUUCUGCCCAGAUUCACAACCUGCUCAGGCUGCAUUGAGUUUUUUUUAAAAAAGUGAGGGGGGGGGGGGAAAGAAUUGUAGAAUGAUACAGAAUUUGAGCCUUGAAUGUGCAGACAUUAAGUCUGCAACUCAGUAAAACUGGCAGUUGUCAUUGUUUUGUUUUUUACCUUCUUGCUUUAGGAUCAUUUUAUAUUGCAUGCCGUGGCGGAGCUACGUGCUCUGGCCCCGGGAGUGGAGAACAGGCGGGGGCGUGGCUGGCACAGGUUCCCGGGGGUGUGGUGCGCCACCCGCGGGGAUGUGGCACGCGUCCCAGGGACAGCUGUGAUGGCACCCGGGGCAGACCCCUCACCCCGCCCCCCCUUCGUCCACCAGUGAUUGUUUGGAAAUGCAGGGUACAAUUUUUUUUUCCAUUUUUUGAAUUAAGUUUUCAAUUAUUCAGUUCAAAAUAAACAUUUUACAUACUGUUAAAUAUCCAACGACUUCUCUCCUUCUCCUUCCAUGGUUCAUUCUGUUUAUCUUUCGUUCCUGCAUAUUUUACUCUAGCCAUUUUAAUCAGUUCUCCACUUUUACAACACUCAAAAUUACUUACACUGUUGAUUUUAUCUUAAUGCUACCAGCAUUUUCAUCUGUGUACAGUUAUUUUCCAUAUACUCAAUAAAUAUUUUCCACUCUUCUUCUUCUUGCUCUCUUAUUCUAUAUGUUAAACCUACAAGUUCUGCAUAUUCUAACAUCUUAAGUUGCCAGUCCUCUUUGCUUGGAAACUCCCUCACUUUCCAUUUUUGAGCAACCAAACCCAAGCUGCUGUUGUUGCGUACAUAAAUAUUUUUUUCCUGACACCUAGGAACUUCUGUCUGAAUUAUUCCCAUCGAAAAGGACUACGGUCUUUUUGAAAAAGUUGUUUUGAACAUUUUUUUCAACUUCUUAUAAAUAAUUUCCCAAUAUUCUUUUACUUUUUUACAUGUCCACCACAUAUGAAAAAAAGUUUCCUCCAUUUCUUUACAUUUCCAACACAUAUCUGAUUCGGCUUUAAGCAUUUUAGCCAACUUACUUGAAGUUAAAUACCAUCUAUGAAUCAUUUUCAUCAAGUUCUUUUUCAUUUAAUAGCAUGCAGUAAAUUUUGAAUCAUUUUUCCAGAGUUUCUCCCAGAGGUUUAAGUCUAUAUUGUAUCCUACAUCUAUUGCCCAAUGUGUCAUUGAAGCUUUGACUAGCUCGUAUUUUGUUUCCUAUUCUAAUAAAAAGUUAUAGUUUUUAGAUAAUGGCUUGCCCUUAUUCUGUAAUAAUUGUUUUUCAAAUUGUGAACUUUGGUCCAGGAAUCCAUUUUUUGAAUCUAUCUUAAAUGUAUCAAGUAACUGGUGGUACUGUAAUCAUCCUGUAACAUGGCUCCUUAAUUCCUCCAUAGGUUUCAGUCUGGGUUCCCUACCUGAAAAAUCCAGCAGUUCCCUAUUUGCCGCCCAUUGUCUAUCCAUAUUAAUUUUAUUAAUUGUAAUUGCUUCAAUAGGGGAUAACCACAAAGGUAUUUUUCUUUCCAACAAAAUUUUGUUUUUCUCCCAAACUCUAUAUAAAUUCUUCCUAAUGAUGUGGUUUGUAAAACUGUUAUAAAUUUUAGCUUUCCCAUACCAAAGACAUGCAUGCCAGCCAAAUUUUAUAUCAUGGCCUUCCAAAUCCAAAAUGUCUGCAUUUUACAAUAUGAUCCAUUGCUUUAGCCAACACAAACAGGCUGCCUCAUAAUACAGUUGUAGGUCUGACAAGGCAAAGUAUCCUCUUUCUUUACAUCUAUCAAGAUUUUGUUUGAUUCAUGGCUUUUUUCCCCUGCCAGAAAAAGCCAUCUUUUUUCCAUUCUUUGAGGCAACUUAUUUACAAUCGGAAUAGAUUGGAAUAAAAACAACAUAUUAGGUAGUACAUUCAUUUUAAUGGCUGAAAUUCUGCCUAAUAGUGAAAGCUUUAUUCAUCCUUUCCCAAAUCUCCAAUUCUUUCUUAAUCUCUUCCCACAGUUUAAUAUAGAAUCAUAGAAUCAUAGAGUUGGAAGAGACCACAAGGGCCAUCGAGUUCAACCCCCUGCCAAGCAUAAGUUGAAAUAAGUUGAGAUUUCUCACCAACAGCCAAAUCCUGAAAUAUUUUACUUUUUAACCUCUUUAGGCCAGAGAUCUUUUCUAAGGCCUUUUUUGGCUGCUCAUCCAUGUUUUUAACCAACAUUUUGGUUUUAUCUGUAUUUAUUUUGAAACCCGCCACUUCUCCAAACCUUUUAAUUUCUUCUAAUGCUUUGGGAAUGCUUACCAUAUGCUGUUCCAAUGUUAACACCACAUCAUCAGCAAAUGGCCUUAAUUUAUAGGCUCUGAGUCCUACCUCUAUUCCUUUGAGUUCCUUGUUUCUCCUUAUAUUCUGCUGCAAUAUUUCUAAUGUCAAAAUGAACAACGGAGAUAAGGGAUAGCCUUGUCUAGUACCUUUUAUUAUUUGGCAUUUGUCUGAGAUAAUAUUAUUUACUAGUACAUUUGCAGAUUGAUCAGUAUAAAUUGGUUUGAUUGGAAAUGCAGGGUACAAAUUUAAAUCAGGAACACAUAAAUAAAACAAUUUAAAUAAAUAAGUGGCAAUCUAUGCAGGAGUCCUAAAACAAUGCCUGCUGAAAUCUCCUCACUCCUUCCCUCCUUGUGACUAACAGAAACAGAAUACAUUUUGAAAAAUAGUAAAAAUAAGAGUAACUAGGCACAGCUGCUUACCUUGCAUAUGUUAUACUUAAAGCAGGAUUUUUUUUUAAAGUUCAGGGAGCACACAGCCUUACAGGAGAAAGGUCCUUCGUUGGCCUAUUACAACAACUUGACUGUGAUUUGUUUAAAGCAAAGAGGAGAGGAAUGGCAAAAGAAGACUCUCCAAGGCAGGACUAGUCCAGAGAUCAUCUUCAGUUCACCUCCAGAGUCCCAAAAGACGAGUCUUCCCACUCAUAAGUUGCCAUCAUCCUUAUCAUCAGAGAAACCAUCAAUACCCAUUUUGAGUACUUAACCCGGGGAUUUGUGCAUCUCAGAUGAGACUAGGAAAGUUCUUAAAUGAGAGUCUGAAAAUAGGCAUGUAAUUGCUGACUUGAGCUCUGGGAACAGUAUUUACAAUGUCUCAGAAUUGGUGCCUGUAUAUUGUCAGUGAAGGAAACGGGGUAUUUCAACCAUAUAAGGAGAAUGUUUGUUUUCAAUCCAUGUACAGAUCCAUACACCACUAUUUUCUAAAUUGUGGGUUGAAACGAGGAAGCCAAAAAACAACUUUCUUCUCCAUAAGGGUCCUUGAUACCUCAAAGAGUACUCAGUUUCCUUUCAAGAGGAAGUUGGGUCAGAUUUGUACUAUAAAUCGUGUGCAUUCAGUGUUAAAAUUUAAAGUGUGCACCAUAUCUACAAAAGCCAAUGAACGCUGGAUUUAUGUUAUCAGGAGCAGUUAUGCAAAGUGAAAAGAGUCAAUUAUGGAAAACAGUGACAUUGAGUUUUCUUAGCUUGAAGCAUUUAUUCUGCUUCUCUUAGUCAGGGGGAGGGCAAGGAGCUCGGUGGGCCACCCUAGCCUGGUUUUAUAGUGAGUGUAAAUCUUACUGAGAAACUACACUGACUUCCAAGGUUCCGGCAAACAUUAUUUUCACAUUUUAAAGAAUACAUUUGGUGGCUGCAGAUGAAUACCAGACACCACAACACGAGAGGGAGGGUGUGGCUUCCUGGAGUUUUGCUGAAUGGUGUCCCCACGCCAGUGGAUGGUCACCUUGGCAUGGGGCCAUCCACUUGGCAACUUCACUCUUGGAAAGGGUUGGCUGCAGCCCCCACUGUCUCCACUGCUGCCUUUUGGCGCUGAAAGGUAAGGACAGGAAGGCCUCUUAUCGCCUUGUGCUGGCUGGAGGUUUCACUGGAGGAACGCAGGCUUCACAGCAUGUAUAAAUAAGAAUCACGGGUAAAGGUAAAGGGACCCCUGACCAUUAGGUCCAGUCGUGGCCGACUCUGGUAUAAGUAUAAGACGCCGCCAUGUAUAAGACACUCGCUACUUUUGGGGACCCCAAAUUUAGAAAAUGGACAUAUGCACUAUCCAUGUAUAAGACACCCCCAUAUUUUUAACCUUAUUUUAAAGUAAAAAAACCUAGUCUUAUACACAGAAAAGUAUGGUAGCUCCUGCUUCUCCCAGCAGCGGUGCAACCGGCUCCUUAACUGGCCAUUUCCUGAAAUGGCCUUCUCUGGCCCCAUCUCCUUUAAUUGCUUUUCCCUUAGCGACCACCAUUUCCCCAUUCUUCUAUUUCAAUUUGUGGACUUAUUCCAGAGCGAUUAAUUAUGUUCAAGUGCUAUUGUAUGAAUAUUUUAAUAAUUAAAAAGAAAAUGAAGCAAACUUACAUUAUAGCAGUGUUUAUCAUCAUCAAUUGAAUGAAAGAAAGGAACACCCCCACCUCCCACAAUGGCAAUCAUGAGAAAGGUGGGUUCUCAGGGCCUGGUUAAAAUACCCCAAAAUGUGACUGCAAAUGCCCCUCUAAGCAGACAGAAGAGUAACAUGAAGACAACCUUUGCCAACCAGGUGCCCUCCAGAUGUUUUGGGACUAUUAAGAGUCCACAACAUCUAGAAAGCACCAGGGACGGAAAAGGCUGUCUCCACUUGCAGAGAUUGCUCUGCUGUUCCGUUUGUCUAUAAAAAAAGGAAAAAAGUUGGAUUAAUGUCCUUCCCCAAAGAGACAAAGCAGCAUGGGGGAAACACAAGAGAACAACAGUUUGAUGGCAAUAUCAUUUAGAUAUACUGUAAAAAGUGAGUGAAUAAAGGGGUUCCAGAGGAAGCAGCAGUAGAUUUAAGUUUAAUACUGGCUUGUUCUUUUUCCCAGUAUUCUUGGGAACUGUUUUCCCUGUAGCUUCUUACUCCUUUUGCACUAGUUCUCUACUUUUAAAAAUGCUGGUAAAAUAGGUAAGCUGUUUCCUCCACCACUUCAAAGAGAAACAUCUUCGAGAUUUCACUCCUCCCCUUCGCAGAAGGCACUGCAGUCAAGCUGAGGCUCCCACAGGAGGAAAGUGUUGAGGAAAUAAUUUCCCCUUCCCCCUGCAGCCACUUGUGCCCCCCCCCCCAUGUUGUUCUGGAGGCUCUCCAGCAGAGAUUUUCAGGGGGAAGACAAAGCGGGCAAGAAGACAGAACGGGGCCCUUCUCUGUGUCCUCCCUCCCUGAGAGGUUUGGAGGGUGGCAACAUGAGAAUGGGCCUCUUCUGUGGUGGCUCCCGACUGUGAAAUGCUCUCCCCAGAGAGGCUUGCAUAUCUUUUUUUUUUAAAUAUUUUUAUUAAGUUUUCAAUCAAAAAUUAAACAACAACAACAAAAAAAACCAUAAAAAAGAUACACAAAUACACAAUACAAAUCUCAGGAAAAUUUUUUAAAAAAAACACGAAGAGGCUUGCAUAUCUUUAGGUGAACACAUUUCUCUUUCCCCAGGCCUUUGGCCAUUAGAUAAUGUAUGGCCUGUUAAAUAUGGGGGGGGGCUGUUCUUAUGAUUAUGUUCUUAAUGUUGUACACCACCCUGGGAUCUUUGGAUAAAUUGAAGUAUAUAAAUAAUCAGAAUAGUAACACUCUUCUAGUUCUCCAAUGAGAGUAUCUUAUGAUCACAGGAACUCCUAAUCCCACACCACAGCCUUUCCCAGUCAUGAGGACAAGAAACAUAUUUGUUCUUUUGUUGUUGUUUUUAAAAAAGAAUGCUAGAUUCUCAGAAAGUUGCAUGAAGAAUGAAGAGAGAGAACUGCCCUACUAAAAAAGAAAGACCUGUAUGUAGUUUUACUAUGUGUAUUUCCCCCGCUGUGCCUGUUUUGCAUGGUGCAUACAAAGUGCUGACAUAGCGAUGCAUAAGCAGGUUGUCUGGAAAUCAAUCAAACAUAAGCAAACCUGCCAACUCUGCUUUGCCUCUUCCACCCUGUAGAGUUUAAUAUGUUCCAUAUGACUGCUGUGGGGCUGAGCAGCUGCAUUCUCGGGUGCCUUCUGACUCUUUUGGUUUACACUUACUGCCAACGGUACCAGCAGCAGUCGCACGAUGCAACUGUCAUCCACCCAGUAUCACCGGCUCCUCUGAAUACCAACAUCACUAAUCACAUCAACAAGCUGGACAAGUACGACUCUGUAGAAGCCAUCAAGGUAAGGAAUGGAUAGGGCUGGUGCUCUUUAAAGGUGUUAAAUGUGCAGAUACUCUGGACAAUUACUGUGGUCCAAAAAGGGACUGCUGCUGUUAUGUUUCAGAUUUAUGGAACCAGUAUUCUAAUGGGUCAAAACCUUUUUUGAGGGGGGGGGGAGGCAAAAAUACAAAACAAAAACCCACACACAUUAUUUUACUCACACGGAGACUACAGGAAAAGAUUUCCACAUGAAGACUUCCUUCUUGUCAUUCUUGUGUGAAUAAGAGUGACCAUGGCAGUGUCUGCUGCCUCCUCAAAGGUGUUACGCAUUUACAAAGUCAUACCUUUUGGGUUUCCUCCUCCUCUUGUGUUCUUCCCAGUCUUCUUGUCCUGAACAUCUUCUUGCUACUUCAGUUCUCUUUUUCAACCUCCUUCCUUAUUAAAUCUAUAUUUCUUACAAUAGCUUCCUCUUGCUAUCUCUCCAAUUUCAACCUCUGGUGUUGCUUUUGCCAUCUCUACCCCUCCUCCUCCUAGAUAAUGUUAUAAGUGUGCAUAUCUUUUAGUGAUCAGUUGCCCUGUUUUGCAUUUUAUUAUUUCAGUUUGAAUGAUGUGUUUUCUAAACUCUUCCUCCCCCUCCCUUUUCUUAUUCCCAGGCAUUUAACAAAAAUAACCUGAUACUAGAAGAGCAAAACAAGUACUUUAAUCCACAUCUCACUGCAAAGGCAUAUUCCAAUGCCUAUUUUACAGAUCUGAACCACUAUGAUGAGUAUUAA